CAGUAUCGAACCGGCUUUCUACAACAACGGAUUGGAAACGGAACAAAUGAAACCUGAAGCUCGGCUAUAAUGUGUGUUGUCUGCUUGCCGAAGGCAUGCCAUUUUAGUCUGAGUUUAAUUGUGUGGAGAAGUGGACUAUAAUAUUUUGCCGAAAACUACAUUAAAAUUUAUUCAAGGCUUACGAAUAAAAUACGUGUUUCUUCUUACCUAACGACGCGUGCGAGACUUCGUCGUUUUACUAUGUGAUAUUGUGUUAUAUUGUGUUAUAUACAAAAGAAAAAAAAAAAACACGAAAAUCGAAGUUCCAAAAAGCUGCGGUGAUUAAAAUUUUGUGGUGUGCUUUUAAACAAAUUACAGUUAAAUUGUGAGCAGGGCCAAAAGUGAAGGGCCAGACAGGGGUUGUUCCCGGCAAGGAAAACUCUGUUCGUGGGGAAAGCUACUGGUGUUCUUCUUGUUGUUGUUGUAGUUGAGUUGUCGUUGCGUGAGAAAAAUCAAUUUUGCAUUUGGGCUGCCAAACGAACGGCAGCAGAAGCAGAAGCAGAAGCAGGACAAAAGGACAAGGCUGUGACAGCCCAACCCAAAUGACAUUUUGGCCUAAGGACAAGCGUAUUAGAGAACCGAUGCUAUCAUGGCCGAUAGCACAGAUCCAGGCAGGCAUAAGGAUCCAACCAUAGAUGCCGGCGCUACCAGAAGCACGGAGGGACAUGGAGCUGAUGUGGGCAAGGACGUGCCCCCAAUACCAGCUGUUCGACGUCGCCAUGCGCAUGAGCAGAAAACCACGGAGAAUGUCGAGCAGGAAACCAAACAGCUGGAGACGUCCACAGUGACGCGCACGUACAUGAAGACCAUUACUACGUCAUUGACCACCUCCAGCAGCAGUCUCGAGCACUUGGAGACGCCACCGCAUCGCUUGCGCGAGAAGGUGGCCCAAUAUGAGAAGGUCUGGUCCGAUGGCAGUGGCAAGCGCCCCGCCGAACUGGGCACGGACGAGCUGCGUCAGCAGCAGACGGACGACUUUGAUGCGGAGAAUCCAUUCGAUAUUGAUGUGCAUGAAAUUGAGCGACGUUUGCGCGAGGAGCGACAACGCGGCCUGGCCGAAGCGGAGGCUGCCAAGCUGGCCUUUCAGCAGGUACACCUGCGCCAGACGACACCGACACCGCGUCGCGUCGAGGUGACCAGCGAGCAUACGGCCAGUCCGUUUAAUGUCACCUUGAAGACCACCAGUCGACUGAGUCCUGGCGCUGAGCUGGGCAAUGUUGAGGAGCAGCUGUCGCCUUUCAAUGUCACGCUGCGCACCACACGACGCACUGUGAAAAAGGACUUGUCCCGUCAAAUGGAGCUGGAGCGUUUUCUGGACGGGGAGCGUACGGUGCGCGAGGUGCAGGCGGCGGAUGGCGUGCGCACAAUUAUCACCUCCUCGAGGACCAGCGAUGGUGGCUAUACAGACGAGAAGAUCUAUCGUCAUGGCGAGGGCUAUGUAUCGCCGCGCGAUUCGCCAUCCUGGUCGCGUUCCAGCAUCUCCAGCGAACGUUCGAGCGUCACUUCGCCGCACAGCGUCGACAUGACCGCGGGCGGCAGACGUAUAUUAAUUAAACUGGAGGAUGAACUGGUGCCACAAGCAACUGGGGCAGCCGGCUGUGAGCAUGGCGAGCAACGCGAUGAAACUGACGGCUCGGUGCGCGCACGCAUUAGACAAUUUGGUGGGCAGGACGAGGAUGCCAUGGCAACCGGUAACAUUGACAUUACCGUGGGUAGCAACCCGCGCAGGCGGCAGCGUUUGUACCAGCAAACAACAUUGCCGGCGGGUGGCAACGGGACAAUGCCACAACAACAGCAGGAGCGGGAGCGGGAGCAGGAGCAGGAGCGGGAGCAGGAGCAACAGCAACAACAACGGGCAACGCGUCCAAGCGAACUGUCAUGGCAAACGGGAAAAUCAACAACAAAAACAAUGCUAACAUCCACGCCGACUGGCACGAAGGAGCAACCGCAAAUGGCAACGCCGGACGAGGUAUUCAGUCCAGCUGCAACGUGCCAAUUGCGCGGUUCUUCGACGGAAGAAUCCCGUCAAAUUGUGAGCCACAAAACGAUAACCAGCACAAAAACAACAACAACAACUCAGUCGUCCGAUAGAUCCGAAAGGAAGUCCUCCUCAACGUCGCGUAAAUCAAUCGGUUUCAAUUCCCCAAGCCCCUCCGGCAAUAUCUCGUUUACCGCCUCGCAAAUACGCAUCAGAGACGACGUCAACGUUGACGUCGACGCGGACCUCAUCGAUAACGAUUCCGAUACUGAGGGCAUACCGGCCAGCAGUCUUGUGAUUGUGUCCACGCCCACGCGUUCCACAACGCCCUCAUCGGCGCACGCCUUGAGCGGCAUUGGUACUUUCAGCAAGAGUCUGCGUCAGGAUUAUCAGACUCAGGCGACACAAAGUAACCGAAACAACGAAUCCGAACACGAAUACCAGGAGUUCCAAUCCACCAUGGCGUCGAUCAAUUUCGCACGCAGCAAUUCCCAGUACGACAGUCACAUCAAGGAGAAACGAGAGGAGCAAGAACGUGUGCAGAAGAAGACAUUCACUAAUUGGAUUAAUUCAUACCUAUUGAAGCGUGUUCCACCGCUUCGUAUUGAUGAUUUAAUCAAUGAUUUACGUGAUGGUACGAAACUCAUUGCACUGCUCGAAGUGCUGUCCGGCGAACGAUUGCCCGUGGAGAAGGGACGCGUCUUGAGACGUCCACAUUUCCUCAGCAAUGCGAAUACGGCCCUACAAUUUUUAGCCAGCAAACGCAUCAAAUUGGUCAAUAUUAAUCCCGCAGAUCUGGUGGAUGGGAGACCACCAGUUGUGUUGGGUCUGAUAUGGACGAUCAUAUUGUACUUCCAGCUUCGUAAAAAGAGGCGGAAAAACUUAGUUGUAGUUAUAAAUUAUGCGCCACAGAUCGAGGAGAAUAGCCGCAACCUAGAAUAUUUGGGUCAUGGUAUUGGCGGUUCGGUUAGCUCCCUCGACAGUGUUGGCAAUCACAAGGCUGGCAGUGAUCUUAGGGCUGAGAAAUGGAAGCAAGGCGCCAAGAAAACGCUACUCAACUGGGUAACAAAUGCCUUGCCAAAAGACAUUGGUGUAGAGGUUAAGGAUUUCGGCGCCAGCUGGAGAGAUGGUGUCGCCUUCCUCGCACUUAUCGAUGCAAUUAAAGCGAAUCUGGUCAAUUUAGCUGAGCUAAAGAAGACCAGCAAUCGUCAGCGUUUGGAAACUGCUUUCGAUGUGGCCGAAAGCAAAUUGGGCAUUGCCAAACUAUUGGACGCUGAGGAUGUGGACGUACCCAAGCCGGAUGAGAAGAGCAUAAUGACAUAUGUGGCGCAAUUCUUGCACAAGUAUCCUGAACCAAAGGGUGCAUCCCGCGACGAGUCGCAUGUGCAACAAGAAGUGGACGAAUUGCGUCGUUUCCUUUUGGAAAAGACCACCGAAUACGAACCGAUGGUGAUGAUGAGUUCGUUUCCACGUGAUUUUGGUGAAUAUCUGCUGGCACGUUCUGAAGUCGAUGCACAUUUGCCUGCUUACAACCGCCUCAAGCAACUGAUUGAGAGUCAGAGCGGUUUUCUGCAGGUCUCACGCCAGGCGUGGGAUGAGAUCAAUGAGCUGUGGCAGCGUCUACAAUACCAGAUGAUGUACUGGCUCUGGCUAUUGGACGCCGAGCUGCCUGGCGAUUUCGGCACUGUGGGCAAAUGGCUCGCCGAGGCCGAGAAAUUGCUCAUGGACAACGAUAUACCCAAUGCGAUGAAUGAGGAGACAGCCGCUGUAAUCAGUAGAAAGCUGGAGGAGCAUAAGCUGUUCUUUGCCGAUCUGCCGCGCAUUGUGGCCAUGUUUGACAAUGCCAAGCGCUCGCCCCAGGCACAUCAGGUGCCCUUGGAACAGCUGCGCAACAUGGAACGACGUCUGCAAGAGGUUGGACCCAAGGCCGCUGAGCGUAGAAUCCGUUUAAAAUUCCUUGAGCACAAAUGCUGCCUGAUUGCCUUCCUCAAUCUGGUGGAGAACAAAAUGCGUGGCUGGACCGGCAAGUACGGUCACGAGGAGAAGGUCGCCCAACAGCUGGAGCAGUAUAAGAACUUUGUAUCGCGCAACAAGAUAUUCCAAGAGUUCCAAAAGGCAUUCGUUGACAUGCAACAAGUGGUCGAGGAGUAUAAGCGUGAGGGCAAUGUUGCGCGCAAGGACAUCAACGAAAUUGAUCGCUUUAUGUAUGACACCGAGGAGCGCUGGAAGCGUGUCUCGAUGGAGCUGAAAUGCUGCCAAAACUCACUCGAGGAGGUGGUGAAUUGCUGGCGCAACUGGAAUCAAUUGGCGCCCAGCUGCGAGGAAUGGCUGCUGUUGGCCGAGCAGAAACUGAACCAAUGCGAAGACGAUCGCUUAGAGUUCUUCCAGGACAUCACCGUGUGGAAGGAUAGAUUCGAUGGCUUGGCCAAUGCCGCUAACUAUCUGAUUGCAUCCUGUGAGGAGCCCAUUGCUCAGCAGCUGCGUCAGCGUCAUGGCGCCCUAGCCGAACGCUUCGAGCGUCUUUUCGCCAAUACAAAGCAAUACAUGCAUGCUGGCGAUAUUAUACGCUCGCGCCAGGAGUACAAGUCUGGCAUCGAGAAGCUGUCCAGGUGGCUGCGUGGCGCGGAGAGCGUACUAGAUCAGCGCCAAGUGCUGGGCAACAGCGAGCAGAUACGUCGCUAUGGCGAGCAACUGCAGCAGCUUGCCAGCGAAAUCGAUGACAACGAGGAGCUGUUCAAGACCAUCAGUCGCACCUUCCAGUCGCUCAUACAGGAUCUGUCACGCGAUGAGGUCGACAAAAUGAUGAAGCUGCUUAAGCAGGAGAAGGAGUCGCUGGUGCGCAUACGCGCCCAAAUGCCCGCCAAGCUGCAUCUGUUCCAUCAGCUGCAAAUUCAACAGGAGUCACUCGAGGCGGGCCAAAAGGAAAUUCAUCAAUGGCUGUCCGAAGCCGAGCAACUGCUAGGCACCCACAAUCUGGCUGGCGGACGUGAAUCAAUCAAUGAGCAACUGCACAAGCAUAAGACCUACUUUUCGCGCACCGUCUAUUAUCGCUCCAUGCUGGAGAGCAAGAACAAGGUGUUCCAGAAUUUGGUCAAAGCUGUGGCGGCCGAUGAUAAAAUCGAUACGGCUCCAGCGGCACAGCAGAUGCAGCAGCUGAACGAACGCUUCAAUUAUGUCAUACAGAAUGCAGGCAAAUGGGAGCAGCGUUUGGGCGAUGCUGCUGGCGGUUGGAGUAAUUUUAAGGAUAACGAACGCGUCGUUAACGAGUGGCUCACACGAGCCGAGUCCAUGCUCGUUGAGAAGCAUAUUGAGUCAAAGACAACAAUUGAGACACAAAAGUACUUCUUUGAGCAGGUCAACGAUCGUUGGAUGAACGAUCUGGUGCAAUCGGCACAGCAGCUGCUUAAUACGCUGCCCAGCCAGGAGCAACCGGCUGUGGUGCAAAGUGUGGAGCAGCUGCAGUCUCGCUGGAAGAAUGUGCUUGGCCAAGCGCCAUUGCAUCUGCUCAAGCUGGAGUUCCGUCUGGACGAGAAUGCCUUCUAUCAAUCGUUGAAGGAUGUUGAGAAGGAGCUGCAGCUGGAACAGCAGGCUCUUAAUCGCAAUGAAGAUGUGGACUCCAUUUUGCAACGUAACCAGCAAUUCCUGCUGCAACAGGACGCGGUGCCACGCUUAGAGAAAUGCUUGCAGAACAUGCAGCGUCUGGCCCAGGCGCACAAACAACAGCAGCCGGGUGAUAUUAGCCUGGAUCAGGCCUAUGAUAAUGCCAACGCACAGUGGCAGAUAAUGUCCAGCAGAUUGUCUGAUAUGCGACAGACGUUGCAGCAAAUACCUGCCCAAUGGGAGGGCUAUCAUCUGAAAUUCAAUGAGAUGAUCAAUUGGAUGAACAGCGUAGAUCAGAGCCUUAAGAACAUUGUUAAUGAGGUCAACAGCAUGGAGGAGUUUGAAAAGGAGAAGGUUGUUUUCCAGCUAAGGGAACUAGUGAAAAUCUGCCAGGAUGCAGAUAACAAACGCGAGGACAUGAAGUGGCUGGUCAAAACGCUGGAUUCUCUGCUCAGCUAUGCCACCGAGGAUGAGGCUAAUCUGGAGCAAAAGAAACUUGAAGAUCUAAUUGCACGCUACAAGAACCUAAUACCCACUAUUGAGAUAACUAUGGUCAAAACGGAGGUGUUCUCCAAGUGUUACACAUAUCGUCGCGAGGUGCACGAGGUUGUUUGCCUGUUGACCAAGGUCAAGGAUCAGACGGCCAAUAUCCCUGCGCCCGAAAGUUUGGAGCGCGUAAAUCGCCUAAUUGAAGAGCAACAGUAUGCCAUCAAUCAGCUCGAUCAUCAGCGGCCACAUAUUAUGUCCAUGCUACAACGUGGACGCGAUCUUAGCAAGGAUGUGCAUGCACCAGCUUUCGUUAAUACUGAAGUCAAGAAUCUGGAGACUGGCUGGAAUCAGGCUUAUACCGAAACCUCCGAUAAACUGCAAGCACUCAAGGGCACACAGGCAGUGUGGAGCGAGUUUGUCGAUCAGAAGAACGACAUCUUCUCCAUGCUGCAAACAGCUGAGACAGAGCUGCGCGCCCUCACACCACUCCAGACAGAUCCCAAAAAUGUUAGUCAAGACCUGAAGUCCAAGCGCGAUCUAAAUGUGCAGCUGCAGCAGGCAUCCCACCAAUUGCUGCCCAAGCUGCAUGCAUUAAAAGCGGAGCUGGCACCACUGGCUGCCGCCGAUAAGCGACCCAUACUCGAGAAGGAAGUGACUGAGGUAGAGAAGAUGUUCUUUAAUACCAUGGAGCAUGUCAAAGAUCGCGUGGGCUACCUGGAGGACUACAGUGCCAAGUGGAACAACUACAAGACGCGUCUAGCUGAGCUGCAGGAAUGGGCCAACAAAGUGGCACCCAAGAAUAUUGAAGCGCUACAAUCUGAGGAUUUGACACCCGAGGAACGUGUUGUCAAGGUGCAGUCCUUUAAGCGUGUGCUGGGCGAGCGCAUGAAGCAGCUGGAUCUGUUGGCCGCUGAUGCAUCUGAGCUGGCCCCCAAGGAGGGCAACGUUGCCGAAGCGAAGCGUCUCAAGGGUGAAAUCUCCAAAUUGCAGGAGGUGCUCAGUGCCAUUAACCGCAAUGUGGACCAUCAGUCGCAGGCCGUGCAGGAGGAUCUGGUCAACUGGCAGCAAUUCCAGGCCGGAUUACAGCAAAUCAAGCCCGCCGUGGAGCAAAGCGAAGUCAAGGUAAAUAAUAUAGUUCCUAAACCAAUUACACUUGAAGAAGCCGUUGCCAUGCAACAAAAUGCCAAACAAUUUGAAACACAAUGCCUGGAGCAAUUGGACAAACUCCAUGGCAUAUCAAACAUCAGUCAUAAAAUGUUAUGCAAAACCAAUGCCCCCGAUGAGUUAGAUGCCAUGCACUCUCGCUGGACAGCGGUCCAUGAAAAUGCCAAACAGGCGAGCGGUAAGCUCGAAAAGCUUGUUGCCAAUUGGAAAUCCUUCGAUGGUGAUGCUGCCAAGCUGGAGGAUUGGAUUGAUCACGGUGCACAGCAGAUGGGUAAGCGUCCGGCUGUGCUGAAUACACCGCACAUUGACAAGCUCGAAAAAGAGCUGGUCAAGCUAAAGUCCUUCAACAAUGAGAUAUCUCAGCAGCAGGCCAAAUUGGUUGCCCUUGGCCAAAAUGCCGAUCAAAUCAGCUUGCAUUUGGCGCCAGAGGGCGCUGUGGCUGUCAAGGAUCGCGUGAACAGCAUGAAGGCUAAAUUACAGAAGCUUUCAGAGGCCACACGUGGCAACAUCAACGAGGUUUCCGAUGCCAUUAUAUCGCGUCAGGACUUCAAUGCCAAAUUGGUCAACUUCUCCAACUGGAUGGAACAGUUGCGCAAUCAGGUCACUCAGGUUGAGGAAAUCAAUCCGGAACGUGUGGAGACUAGUUUGCAUGUCAUACACGCCUUGCUGCAGGAGCAUGCCGAUAAGAAGCCCAGUUUUAAUGCCAUCUACGAUGAGGUCAAGCAGCUGGCCCUGGGCGCCACACCCGAAGAGUCAAAUGCACUGAAUGAUGCGUACACUGCUCUUGUGGUUAACUAUCAGAAUUUGGAAUCAAAUAUGCUGCAGAAGAAGGCCGCAUUGGAAAAAUGGACCGAGCUUUUGGGCUGGAAGCAUGAUACUGAAUCGCACUUGAACUAUUUAAAGCAUCAAUUGGAAAAGCCCGAGGGACCAGCUGUCGAGGAGCUAAAGAAGGCCAUCGAUGAAAUUGAUCAUCUGGGCCAGGGUCUGAGCUACUGGAAGGGUCAAGCCAAGGAAAUCGAUGAGAAUCCGGCUAUACAAUUGCGCGAUGCACUCUCUCGCCGUCCGCUGAUAGCCACACAGAUUGUAAACGAUGUGGAAAAUAAGUUGGAAAAUCUGAAACUUCGCUCGCAAAAUCAGCAGCAACAACUGCAACAGAUGACUGUCCGUAAGGACAAGUUCCAUGCACUGGAGCAUAACUUUGGUCAGGCGCUGCAGGAGAAUCGCGCAAAGCUUGAGGAGAUCCUUAAACAGCAUCCCAAUCUAAACAAUAUAGAUCAAAUCAUUGCUGAUCUUGUGGCGUUAAAUGAUGCGCUCAAGUACCAGGCGGAUCUUAAGAAUCGCAUACACGAUGAAGGCUCUCUUCUGAUGCGUGAGGAUAUUGCAAGCAUGCCGGCCAUACAGGAGAGUCUACUGGUGCUGGAUAAGAAUUACGAUUCGCUGCAAAAUGAAAUAUCCGAUCGUAUACAAAAAUAUAAUCUUAUCAGUCAGGCAUUGAGGGAGUACGCCGAAUCCAAGGACAAGUUCUCGAAGGAGCUUAAGAAAGCCGAAGAUUUGUUUAAUGCCAUACCCCAACAGCCGGGCGAUGAGACCGCGUUGCACCAGGCCUCUGAGAAGACGCGCAAGACUAUGGAACAGUUGCGCAAGUCCAAGAUGAAUCUCGAUGAGCUCGAACGUCGCGGCAACAAUGUUGCCAAAUUGUUUACAGCCAUUGGUGAGCCGGUGCCUCAAGAGGUUCCCCAAGAAGUUGCCGUUGCCAAGCAACACUGGCAGGAUCUGCAUGAUAAGACGGCCAAAAAUGCGCAUAUCUACGAGACAGAAGCGGUUAUUUGGUCGCAAAUCGAAGAUGCCAAAAAGGAUCUGCUGCCCUGGCUGUCUGAAACCAAUCAGGGUCUCUGCGAUGCUGCGGAUAAUUCAAUCGAAAUCGAAUUCGGACCCAUGCGUCUCAGCAAAUACCGCAACGAACUGCCUUCUUACCAAGCGCUCAGGUCUACAAUUCUCGAGAAAACCAACGAUCUGGUCAAGAUAAACAAUGGUGCCGAGAUACCCGCCUUGAGCACACUCAAUCAGCUGCUCGGCGAACAAUUUGCCGAGGUGAGCAACAAUGCGGAGCGUCUAAGCGCUGUCACCACGUCCUUUGCUGACCAGGAGCAGGAGCUGCGCAAACGCACCAAGAUUGCCGGCGAGCAGGUGAGUAAGCUGCGCGAACAGCUGAUCAAAUGCGAUGACAUGUCCGGCGAUAACAACAAGAUCAUGGAGCGCUUGCUGCAGUGUCGUGCACUGCGCGCCCAAUUGGAGCAGAGUGGCAACGAAAUCGAGAAUAUCAAACAGAAUGUGGACGAACUGCGUAAUUUAUAUCCCACAUUCAAUGAGUCUAUCAUACCCAAGGAGCUGAACAAUGUUCAGAAACGCUACGAGGGCGUCGAUCUAUAUGCCAAGAAGAUCGAGAGCUCACUGCUGCAGUUCCUCAAAAAAUUCCAUGCGGAUAAGGUGGGCAUGCUGAAGCGCAUAAUUGUCACACAGCGCGAGAAGGUGGCCUGGUGUCAGCCGGAGUCCACAAGCGACAAGUAUAACCUGGAUGUGAAAAAAUCCUCGCUACAAGAGGUCAGCAAGAGCAUUGAUGACUGCAAAGCGCGUCAUGCGGAAACGCUGAAAUCCUUGGAAAUGCUUAAGGCCGUGGAAACGCCACAGAAUCUGGUCGAGCUUAACAGCGAUGCCGAGCUUAUGGGCAAGGAAAUGCAGGCGUUACAGGACAGCUUUGAUCGCAUCAAGGGCAUACUGGAUGAGAAUGUUGAUCUUUGGUCGCAGUACGAACAAUCAAAUGAGCAAAUAUCCAACUGGCUGCGCGAUGUGGAAGGUCGCGUUAAAGCGGAGACAAGCAGUCAGGUUAAUUUGCCCGAGGUGCCACAGAAACUACAAGAGUUGGCUAUACUGCAACAGGAUGUGCUGGCACAUGAGCCCAUCAUCAGCGGCCUGGAGCAGACCUCACAGCAAUUGAUUGAAAAGAAUCCCGAGGCGCGUAUUGGACAAUUUGUAACGCAUUUGGUGCAGCGUUACCAGACGGUUGCCAAGAGCCUUGCCGGCCACAUUGAUAAAAUACGCAGCGCUCAGUCGUCAAAUGCGAACUUUGCCAAGGCAUCUAAAGACUUUAAUGAAUGGUUUGGUGAUGCAAAGAUUGAGUUCCAGGAACUGGCCCGUAUGGGGUCCCCUGGGUCUUCGUCGGCCACCGCACAGCAGUUGCAGACCAUUAAAAACUAUCUGAAGACCUUUGACAAUGGUCAACUCUUGCUGAACAAUGCUGUUGAUAUUGGUGAGGGGCUUUAUCCAGUGGUUUCUCCUGAGAAUCGCGAACGUAUACGCGCCGAUCUACGUCAAAUGCGCGAGAAGUAUGAUUAUCUGCGCGAUGAGGCCAAUGCUCUGAUGCAACAGGUUGAGGGCGUGCUAAUACAAAAGACAUCCAUUGAGGAGAGCUACACUCAAGUGUCGCACUACCUCAACGAAUCUAAGGCCAAGGUCACUGCUGGCGAUGAACUCUAUCCCACGUUGGCGGCCAAGAAAGCAGCUCUACAAAAUUAUAAAACGCAACUGCAGGAGAUUACAUUGCAUAAGAAUGCUCUAAAGCAACUGCACGACAAGGCGGUCACCCUUUGCGAUGAUGAGUCCGAGCGUAAAACGGAUGAAUCCAUACAGGAGUACAAUACGCUAUCCAAAAAGAUUUCCGAUCGCAUCAAUACCGUAGGCAAUCAGGUGGUCAAACACGAGGCUUAUGAUCAAGUGUUGGAGAAGGCACAAGAUUGGUUAAACACCAUCAAAUCGGAGGCAAUUGAUAUUUUGAACGAAACAACCUUCGAGAAGGAGGGCGCCGAGGAGAAACUGAUUGUUGUGGAGAAUUUGUUGCAACAUAAGCCCGAGGGUGAUUCCAUUUUUGAUACGUGCCACAAGCUUUUGGAAACGGUUCUAACACAAACCCAUCCUAGCGGUCAUCCGGCGCUGCUCAAGGGCUUUGAGGAGCCGAAAAAUGCAUGGGAGGAGUUCAUGUCGCUCUGCCAGGACUCUCAGGUGAAACUGAAGCAGCUCUGCUCCAAGUGGGAUGAGUUUGACUCAGUCAUCCAUGAGCUUGACAAUUGGAUGAAGAACGUCGAGGCUGUGGUAAAGAACCAGAACUUAAAGAGCACCGCCGAAACAAAGGCUGCUCAUCUGAAGCAGCUCCAAGAUAAUGCCAAGGAUAUUGAGCGUCGCGGCGUAGCCAUAAAUGAGCUGAUGGAUCAGGGUCGUGAAAUCGAAGGUGAAACCGAUUUGAAUCUGAAACUCUCGCGUUUGAAUACACGCUAUCAGACACUGAAGAAUAUUUGCAAGGAGUCCAUCGCUAAGUAUGUCCAAUAUGCCAAGGAUCACGACAGCUUUGACACGGACUAUGAAAAGUUUAAGCAAAAUUUGCAAUCCUGCGCCAAUGAGCUGGCAAAGACCAAUGAAAUUGUCGGCGAUCAGAGCGUAUUGCAGGAUCAGCAAAACAAAUUGCGCGAAAUGUCUGACAAGCGUAUUGUGGACUCCACUAUCUUUGAGAGUCUGAUUGAUCGCGGCGAAAAACUCUACGGUCACACAAGUCCUGAAGGUCGUGAGAUUAUACGCCAACAGCUGCGCUCCCUGCGUACCAUGUGGGACAACUACACGGACGACCUAAACUCGGCUACGCAUAAGAUUGAUCAGUGCCUACUGCAAUUCAAUGAGUUUAGCAUUGCUCAAGAUCAGCUAACCAAGUGGCUGAAGGAUGUGGACAAGGCCAUGCAGAGUCAUACCGAACCAAAAACCACGCUCCAGGAGAAGCGGGCACAGCUGCAGAAUCACAAACUGCUGCAUCAGGAGAUAACUACGCACAAUGUGCUCGUGGAUAAUGUGUGCGACAAGGCGCAAAUACUAGUUGAUCAAAUAAAGGACAACUCCUUGAAUGUUUAUCUUCAGUCAAUCAAGCAACUCUUCCAGAAUAUUGUGAAGAAGUCCGAUGAAAUACUGCACAACCUGGAGAAUUGCGUGCAAAAGCAUAGCGACCUAAACAAUGCGCUCAGUGGUGCCAAGGCCUGGAUAUCGAAUGAGAAAGCCAAGCUGCUGGAAUGCGAUGAUUCGUACGGUGAAAAGGCGGAUAUAAAGCGUAAAAUUGAAACCCUGGGUCAAUUGGCUCAGAAUAAACCAACGGCCAUGAAUUUAAUUAGCGAAAUCCGUGCACAAUUCGAUAAUGUAAAGCCCGCCACCUCGGAGAAGGGCAUUGAAGUGCUUGAAAAAGAAAUCGAUGAACUGGAGACCACAAUGAAAAGUCACUUCGACGACAUCGAGGGCAUUGAGGGCAAGCAAAAGGAUGUCCUGGCGCAGUGGGAUAAAUUUGAACACAAUCUGGAAGAACUCACCAAGUGGUGUCGCAAUGCCGAGGCCGUGUUUCGCGAGCAACAGCUGAAAUCGACGUUGCAUGAAAAGGUCGAGCAAAUGGACAAAUAUAAAAUACAGCGGGAACUCAUACUGCAAAAGGAAAAGGAAAUCGAUGCCUUUGGAGAUACGGCACACGCUUUGCUCAACAACUGCGGUGCCGAUCGUCUAAAGACGUUGACAACGCAGAUCACAAAUCGUUAUCAACUGCUGCAAGUGUUGAGCAAAGAAGUGGUCAACCGCUGGUCCAAUCUGGUGGACGAUCAUCAGUUCUACCAAGACAAGUACAACGAGGUGGACCUGUGGCUGCAGCCCAUUGAGACACAAUUGGAGAAGGCGCUCAAGGAUGAGCCCACGCAGAGCUCAAACAUUCUACAGGUUUUGCUUUCCGAGAGGGAGCAGGCCGAGAGCUUAUUUGGUGCAUUAAAUGCAGCUGGUGAAAAGGCCUUGCCGGAGACAUCCACUCAGGGUAGAGAAAAGAUACGCAAGGAUCUGCGUGAUAUACGCGAUCGUUGGGAUAAGCUGGACGAGGGCAUACGAAAUUUGGAAAAACGCCAAGAAGCACAAACCGUACAGCUUUCCAGCUACCAGGAUAUACUAGGUCAAACGGUCAACUGGCUGGAUCAGGUGGAGAAGUUACUGCACAAUGAGAAUCCAGCCAGCUGGACAAGCGCGCAGGAAAUUCGUUCCAAGCUGUACAAAUACAAGGCCACCAACCAGGAUAUCAACUCGCACAAGCGCAUUGUGGAGGCUGUCAAUGAGAAGGCAGCAGCUCUCCUGUCUAGCGCUGCGCCUGCCAAUGCUGAUGAGAUUGCCAAAUCUGUCGCUGAAGUGAACAAGCGUUAUGAGCAAGUUGGACAGGAUUGUGGCAAACUGGUCGCUGAUCUAGAGGCCGCUUUUGAGGUGUAUCAGCAGUUCAGUGAGCUGCAGAAAGCACAGCAGGAUUACCAGAAGAACCUGUGGGAUCGUCUGACCGGCUACUCUGACUACUCGGGCAAUAAGGCAGCAUUGCAAGCGCGUCUACAGAAGAUUAAUGAAAUCCAGGAUGCUUUGCCUGAAGGUGUUUCCAAGCUUAAAGCUCUUGAGGAGCACAUUGAGCAGCAUGCCAGCAGCAUACCAGCUCGCUCAAAGGAAGCCAUGACACGAGAUUUGGCCAAUUUGUAUGCAGAUUUCGAAAAGUUCGGUGGUUCGCUGACUGAUGUUAAGAGCGGCCUGGAGAACCGUCUACAGCAAUGGAAUGACUAUGAAGUCGACUUGGAUCGCCUGAUUAACUGGCUGGGCGAGGCUGAGAAUGCGCUCAAGAACUACAAUCUGAAAAACUCCUUUGAGGAAAAGGAAGAGCAGCUGAAUCGCUUCCAGUCAUUGACACAAAGCUUGCGUCAAAAUGAAGCCGACUUUGAGAAAAUGAAGGAUGACACCUCGGAACUAGUGCAAAGCUCAGGAGAGACCAGAAUCGCAGUCAAUGUGCAACAAGUCUCCUCACGUUUCCAGUCAAUACAAGCCACGGCCAAGGAAAUACUCAAGAAAUGCGAACAAGCAGUUCAGGAUCACGGCCACUUCAACGAAAAGUACAAGCAGUGCGCCGAUUGGUUGGCUAACGCUCAGGCACGCUAUGAUGAUUGCAGCGAUUUGUCCUCGGUAGCAUCACGCGAUGAUCUUCUCAAGAAGCAGCUGGUCAUACAGGAGCUGCUGGCACAGCAGCCCACGGCUACGCAGCUGCUGAACAGCACCGUGGAAUUGGGCGAAAAGUGCUAUAGCUCAACGGCCAAAGAAGGACGUGAGGCCAUACGCAGUCAAUUAGAUGACCUGACCUUUGAUCAACUAUUUGAUAAUGUUGCCAGCACUGCGCGUAAGAUACAGGAUAAGAUUGCCAAGUGGUCCGGCUUUGAUGAGACUGCUGACAAGCUUAAGAGCUGGCUGGAUGAUGUGGAGCAUGAGUUGCCAGCUGAAAUUGAGCUAAAGACCACGCUGGACGAAAAGCGCCAUAAAUUGCAGGUCUAUCGUGACGUGCUCAACGAUAUCAACAAUCAUCAAGCAGAGGUUGGAAAUCUGCAAGAGAUUACAGCCAAUUUGCCUGAAAAGACUGAGCAUGUGGAUCAUAUUCUUAAGGAUAUAACCGAUCGUUUUGGAAAACUGCAAAAACGAGCUCAGGGCUACGUUGAACGCUACGAGGGCAUCGUGAGUGCACAUCAGCAAUACUCCAAGGCCGUUAUGGAUGCUCAGGAGUUCAUUGAUGCCACAUUGAACACUGUGCACUACUGGGGCGAUCUUGAUUUGGAGCAAACUUCGCUGCAUACUAAUCUAGAUCGUCUGAAGAACUUGAAGGCCAGCCUCGCGGAUGAGUUUCCGCGCGUAGAUCAAGUGCGUGCGCUGGGCGAGAAGGUCAUACCCGGCACCAUUGAUGUUGGUCAGGUGAACAUUAAAUCUCAGAUAGAUACAACGCAACAGGAAUGGGAGGGUCUGCUAGCUGCCAUUGGCUCAACCAUCGAAGCCAUUGAGGCACGCCUGCAGCAAUGGUCCGAAUAUGAGCAGCUGCGCGAUCAGUGCUUGGCCUGGAUCCGUGACACCGAUAAUGAUUUGCAUGCCAUUGAUCUCAAAGAGGAUCUGCCAAAGAAGCGCGCGCAAUUGGAUACGCUGAAGGCACUGCAAGGCGAUGUCCGUGCUAAGGAAUUGGAAGUCGAUAAUGUUACUGAAAAAGCACAAACAUUGCUAAAGGGACCCACCUCGACUCGAUCAUCUGGCCCUGAAUUGGUCACUAAAUAUCAGCAAAUCUUCCACAAAGUCAAGGAUUUGAACAAUCGCUGGCAGCAAUACGUUACCUCACACGAAGAUUUUGAUAACUCCAUCUCCGAGUGUGCAUCGUGGAUUAAUAGCAUUAAGGAAAAGCUGGACUACUGUUCAGACAUGUCCUCGAUGAGUCAGAAAGAACUGGACAAGAAGUUGGCCACUAUUCAGGAUGUGAUUCUACUUAAAGACGAGGGUUCUGCGCGAGUGCUUAAAAUUUUAGAACAGGCUCAACAUGUGCUCGCUAAUACCGCACCCGCUGGCCACGAGGCCAUUAACAAGGAGCUCUCAGAACUGCAGGAUCUCUGGUCCGGCAUUGCUCUGCGCAUUAUGGACGUAAAGGCUAACCUGGAUGAUUCCAUUACUCAAUGGUCUGGCUUCUUGGAUCAGGUGCAAAACGUGCGCAAAUUUAACGAAUGGCUGGAUGGUCUGCUCAAAGAAUUGGGCGAGCAUCAGACGACCAUGACGGAGAAACGCGCACAGCUAGAUCGUGUCAAGUCCACUGAGGAGAAGGUACGCGUGGAGAAGAUUGAUGUUGAUUCACUGAAGGUACAGGCUAAGGAAAUGAUAGCUAGUGGCCAACAGAGCCAGGCAGCGUUCCAGGCACAAAAAGUGUUGGAUACCUUCGAUGAAUUGUUUGCCAAGACACAGAAAUUGCUGUCGGAUCGCCAGGAUCAGUACAGAGAUCAUCGCCUGUUCAAGGAAGCUUAUGACGAUCUCGUUAGCUGGAUAAGUCGUGCACGCGAGAAAUUCCCCGCACUGAAACAGAGCAGCCUAAGCGACAAGCUGGCUAUUGAGAAUGCCGUGCAGGCCACCGAGGCCCUCCUCAAUAAGCAGGCUCAGGGUGAACUACUUGUUGAGCAUUUGGUACACACUGGUGAGGUGGUUCUGGCAAGUACUUCGACGCAGGGCCAAGAGAUCAUACGCAAUGAUAUACGCGCACUACGUGAUAGCUUCGAAAGUUUGUUCCGCGAGAUCAAUCAGCAGAAAGAGAACUUGGAAGUUACCAUGGUGCAAUGGCGCGCAUAUAAAGAGGAGUAUGAACGCCUCAUGGAAUGGCUGCAACAGAUCGAUAUACUUGUGAAGAACCAUAAGCUGAACCUCUGUCCCAAUUUGCCCGACAAGGAGAAACAGGUGGCCGAUAUGCGCGAGGUCAUGUCGCGACUGGAAAAGGGCAAGGAUGAUAUUGAUAAAUUUAAUGCCUCCGCGGCAGGUCUACUCAAAUCACAUCUGGACAGCUAUGUCAACAAUCAGCUCAGACACUUGGGCUCCAUGUACCAGGUACAGGUUAAUUUGGCGAAGGAUGUGCUAAAGAAGGUCGAAACUAAUCGCGAUCAGCAUCGCGAAUACGAUGCCAAUAUGAAGGCGGCUAGGGAAUGGAUAUCGAAUGCUAAGCAAACCAUUCAGUCCGCUGGCGAGGGUGCAGGCUCCAAGGAGGCCCUGCAACGUCGCCUGGAGCAAAUACAGGAUCUAAUACGCAAUCGUGAACUGGGCCAAAAUCUUGUCCACACAGCCAUCAACAAUGGCGAGAAGAUUAUACGCAAUACGCGCUCCGAUGGACGCGAUGCCAUCAACAAUGAAAUGAAGGAGCUGCAGACCGAUUGGGAUCGACUGGUUAAGAAAAUGUCCACAGCCAAGGUGCAGUUGGAGACAAAUCUGUUGCAAUGGGCCGAUUACAGCUCCAGUUACACUCAGUUGCAGCAAUGGAUUACCGACAGGGAGGCCAAGCUGCAGCAGGCGUGCGAGCAAAAGAUUGUCAAAUCCCAGAGGGGACAGCCGGGUCUCAGUAGCGGUCUGAGCGAGCGCAAGGCUAAUCUGCGCCAGACCAACAACAUUGUCCAGGAUAUUGUGUCGUUUGAGCCCAUGAUACAAUCAGUUACCUCGAAGGCAUCCGACUUGCAACAGGGUGCACCUGCCACAGAAAUCUCCGACAAAUACGAGAACCUUACCAAGCAGGCCAAGGAUCUUUAUGCCAAACAAAAGAACACUAUAGACAGCUACCAGGCGCUGAUCGAUGCAGGUAAUGACUUUGCCACUUGGCUGCGCAACGCCAAGGAAAGGCUGAGCAAGUGCUCCGAGCCAACGGGUGAUAAGCAAGCGCUGGCGGAGAAGACUCACCAGCUCAAGAUUCUGCAAGGUGAAGUUCCCGAGGGCUCAACGAAGCUGCAAAAUGCUUUGGCCCAGGGUGAGAUUGCCUGUCGCACCGCAGAGCCCGAGGAUUGUGCGAUCAUUGAAGAGGAAGUUGCACUCUUACAGGAGGAGUUUGAUGCUUAUGUGGAGGCGCUCAACAAGGCCAAGGAUUAUCUGGAGGUGGGCAUUGUCAAGUGGUCUGACUACCAGGAUCAGUACACCGAAGCGCUCGAGUGGUUGACCAAGACCGAAGCACUCGUGCAGUCCUACAACAAGCUCCAGGAUAGUCUUACGCAAAAGAAGGUGGUGCUUGAGGAAUUCCAGGGACAUCUGCAAACUCUAUUCGAUUGGCAGAAGACACUGGAUCACCUGAACAUGAAGGCUCAGGUGCUGCUGGAGACAUGCUCCGAUACGCGCAUCAGCAAUGCCAUCAUGCAGUUGACCACCAAAUACAACGCGCUAUUGACGCUGGCCAAGGAAGUCAUGCGACGCCUGGAGAUGCACUACCAGGAGCAUCAGCAGCAUCAUACGCUCUACGAAGAGUGCCAGUCGUGGAUCGAAAAGACACGCGAGAAGCUAGCCGAAUGCGAACAAAUACCCGGCACGUUGAACGAAGUGCAAAUUAAACUGAAUACUGUUAAGAAUUUGCGUCAAGGCUUUGAAACUGGACAGAACAAGCUGCGCUAUCUUCUGGAACUUAAGGAGAAGGUGAUUAUGAAUACCGAACAGAAUGGAGCAGCCAAAAUUCAAGAGGACACCGAGGGCCUGAAACAGGACUUUGACAAGCUGCUUGUGGAUCUUAAUGAUGUGCGUCAGAAAUUGGCCAAUCGUCUUGCUCAGCUGGAGGAGAUUUUCAAGCUGUACAAGAUCCUGCUGGAAUGGCUGGAGGAUAUUGAGCCCAGUGUUAAGGCCAGCGAGGAGUAUUUGAAUGACUUGAGCGAAAAGCGUGCUGCACUGGAGAAAUUCCGUGUCACACAACGCGACAUCAAUGGACACAACGAUAUUGUGGAAAAGAUUAAUGUACGCUUGCGUGAGGACAAUAGCCUGGAUAAAAAUGAUUUUGCGCCCGGUCUAAGCAAAUUCGAUGAUCUGCAAGGACAAGUAAACAAGAUCAUUGAGUCGCUGGAGAAUCAGGUGAACAAUCACGAGAAAUACAAGCAGGCCUAUAAUGAGCUGCAAGAUUGGCUGCGUCGCACACGCAUCGAGGUGGAGCAGUGCGCUGAUUGCCAUGGCGAAAAGGAUCAAGUGGAGGAUCGUCUCAAUCGUCUGGGCGACAUACAGUCCACCUCCAUGGAGGGCAAAUCGCUGCUGGAAGCUUGCGAAGAGCUCAGCCAGGCGGUCAUUGCCACCAGCGGCAGCGAGGGCCAAGACAAUGUGGCCCAAGAGAUCAAGCACCUGAAUGGUGAAUGGGAAACGCUGCAGGCUCUGUCCCGAGAUGCGCGCAGCGGUCUGGAAAGCUGUCUCGCAGCCUGGCAGACAUUCCUGCAAAAGUUCAACAAGAUCAAUUUGUGGAUUGUAACAAUGAGCAAGCGCGUUGCCAAAUCACAGGAAGCUGAUAAUAAAACCACCGAAGAUUUGGUCAAUGCCAAGAAACUGCUCGAUGAGGUUCUGGCCGAGCGAGAAAAUGUCGAGGAUCUCAAUGACAACUGUGAGCUGCUCAUGGAGCAAAGUGCCUGCACUCGCAUACGCGAUCAAACCAUUGAGACUCAGGCCAAUUACACAAAACUGCUGACUUCUGCUCAGGGCCUGGUUGCCAAGAUCGAAAAGAAUCUGUCGGAUCACACCGAGUUCCUCAAUUACAAGAAGGAAAUGGAUGCCUGGAUCGAGAAGGCUCAGCAAGUACUCAACGAUUGCAGCAUUGAAGGUGAUGCUUCUGUUAUUGCACAAAAAUUGGAGACUGUCAAUUCAUUGGCCUCCCACUUGCCCGAGGGCCAGCAUUUGCUGGCCAUGGUGCAGGAUGCCUACUCGAAGGCCUCCAAUAUUACGCCCGAAGAUAAGCAGGAGAAGUUGCGUGAGUUGAUGACCAAGGUACGCGAGGACUGGGAUGCAUUGGGUCUGGCUGUCAAGCAGAAGCUAACUGACUUGAAGCAGGCACAAAAUCGUUGGAACGAUUUCGCAGCCAACAAGGAUAAGCUCGAUAAAUGGCUGAUCGAAACAGAGAAGACGCUCAAGAUAGCGCCCGAGACCAAGGGUGAGCUGAGCGAGAUGAAAACCCUGUUGGAGCGCUACAAGACGCUCGCCAAUGAGCUCAAGCAGAAGGGCAACGAUCUGGAGCAGCUUAUGUCGGAGGCACGCGAUCUGGGCACAGAGGUGGAUGCCGUCAACCGUUUGCAGUCGCGUUGUGAUAAGCUGAAGAACGACUGCACCGGCUAUAUCAGAGAUCUGGAGCAGGAGAUGCUCGACUAUAAUGCCUAUCAUCAGAGCCUGCAGGAUGUGGAAAAAUGGUUGCUGCAAAUCUCAUUCCAGCUGAUGGCCCACAAUUCGCUAUUCAUUUCAAAUCGUGAACAAACGCAAGAGCAAAUUAAACAGCACGAGUCGCUGCUAGGCGAGAUUCAAAAGUAUCAGACCAAUCUGGAUGACCUGAAUGCCAAGGGUCAGGCACAAAUUAAACGCUAUGAGCCGACAACGCCUGGCAUACGGCCAACCGUCGAGUCACAGCUAAAGAACAUACAGGACAGCUACAAUUCGCUGCUGCAGACAUCUGUACAAAUCAAGAAUCGCCUGCUCGAGUCGCUGGCCAAGUUCCAGGAGUACGAGGACACGCUGGACAACAUCAUGCGCAAUCUGGAGGCCUAUGAGCCAAUCAUACAAACUGAACUGGACGCACCAGCCACGAGCUUGGAGCUGGCGCAGAAUCAGCUCAAGUGUGCCCAAGAUAUGCAAAAUAAACUGAACAAUGAAAAGUCCAGGCUGGCAGCAGCCGUCCAGGCAUGUGAAGCAGCCACAGCAUCGAUAAGCCGACCCAGCUCUCCCCUGGAGACAGCUAUGCAUGCCAUACCCGAACGUGAACUGAUCGUGCGCGCCAAGCUGGAAGAUCUGCUGGAUCAGCAACCGCCGCCAAAUACUCAGAGCUCAACCGAAGACGACAAUGAGAACGAUCUCGACGUUGAGCUCAGCGAUGUGAAUGAGGCGCUGUUGGAUCCAAUUGCUCACGAGCGUAUUAGCAACUAUCGUCGCAUAGUACGCCUGAAUAGUGCACACGUGAGCAAGCUGAAUGCACUCGUCGCUAAGGUGCAAUCCCACUUGGGUGGUCUGACUGCAUCCGUUGGCGAACUGGAGCAACAGCAGAAGCAGCGCGCCGAGCUGCAGGAUUGGGUCAAGCGGCAACAGAGCUCUGUCUCCGAUUGGCUAAUGCGACCAUGCAAGCUGCGACCAGAGGCCGCACAGCAGGAACUGGUUGCCAUGAAUGAUCUGUUGAAUUCCAUUGGUGACAAGCGUUCGCAGCUAAUGCUCGAAAUGACAGGAUCACUGGGAGAUGAGGAUACGGAUCUGGAUGACAACAUUGACAAGCUGGAAUCGGAGCUCAUGGACGCGAUUGCCAAGAAGCAGGCGGGCCAAAAUGUCAUCGAUGGCUAUCGCCAGGGCAUGCAGGAUGUCCAGAACUGGUUUGAUACGUUGAUCAAGCGCAUGGAUGUGCUGGAUCGCGGCUCUGGCCUCAAUUGUGCCCAGAAAAUGGCAGCCAUUAAUGAGAUAAAGAACGAAUAUGAGCUACAGGGCCAUCCUAAGAUACAGGAGCUCAAGGGCAAGGCCGCGCAGGUGGCUGAGGUCAUCAGCAAUCUGGAUGGGCAACAGGUGGAGGAGCAAAUGAAGUCGUUGGAUCGUCGCUUUGCCGAUCUGGGCAAGCGCAUCGAUCGCAAGGCGCAGCUGUUGGAUGUGACCAACAAGGGCGUGGACGGUGCCAAGGCUGAGAUUGACCAACUGCAGCAAUGGGUGAAGCAGCAAAUCGAAGAGUUGCAAGCGCCAGCCGCACUUGGCUAUUCGCCCAAGGAUGCCGAGGCGCGCCAGCAAAAGAUCAAGAGCCUGAUGAAGGAUGCGGAGGCAAAGCAAUCGCUGGCCGAUGUGCUGGACAAGCGCAUAGCCAACAUGCAGCCCGAACUGGAAUCGGCAGAAUAUGCCCAACUGGAGUCGGCGUUGCGUAACCUAAAUAGCGAGAAUCGCAAUUUGUCUGGAGUGCUAAAGGCCGAACUGGAUCGCGCCCUGGAGGCGAGCAAGGCACGCAAAGCGCUGGAGAAUGAUCUGGACAAGGCGCGUCAAUGGCUGAAGGCCAAAAUCUCUGAGGUGCGCAAAUUGCCCGUGUAUCAUCCCCUCACCUCCGCUGAGAUUGAGAAGAAAAUCGCAGAGAAUAAGAAAUACGAUGAUGAUGCCAAGCAAUUCAAUGACAGCGUCCUCAGUGAUGUACAGCGCCAAGCGGCGAACAUCAUGAAGGAUUGUGGCGAUGCGGACAAGGCAGCGUUGCAACAGAUUCUGGAUGAAAUUGCCGCCGACUAUCAGACGCUCAAGGAUGAGAGCGGCAAGCGUGGCAAGUCCUUGGAUGAUCUGCUACAGGGUCGCAAGGCAUUUGAGGACUCAAUGAAAAAAAUGGGCGACUGGCUGAACGAAAUGGAAACCGCAACCGAAAGUGAACUGCGCACCACCAGCCUGCCAGUGCUCGAGGAGCAGCUGGCCCACUACAAGAAGCUGCUGCAGAAUGCCGACAAUAUGGGUGGACUGAUCAACGAUGUGUCCGAGCAAGGCAAGAGCAUAUUGCCCACGCUGAGCAAUGCGGACAAGCUGAAGCUCAACGACGACAUCAAGAACAUGAAGGAUCGCUAUGGACGCAUCAAGCAGACCAUCGAUGAUCGCGUCAAUGCGCUGGGUGAUCACAUCAAGAAGUACAAGGAUGCCAAGAACAGACUCGCCGAAUGCAGUCAAUUCCUGGGCAACAUACAGCAGCGUAUGCGCGAACUGAACCGACCCAUUGGCUCUCGAAUCGAGGAUGUGCAGGAUCUGCUGGGCGCCUACGAGGGCAUACUGAAGGAGCUGAAGGAUAGCAAACACAAAAUGGGCGACAUGCAAAUGGAUGAUCUGCCCGAAUUGCAGAGCAUUCUGACACAGCAGGACGAUAUGAUUAAAUUGAUUGAGGAUCAGUUGGCGCAUCUGCGCCAGCUGCUGAUGCUGCGCGAGCAAUUUAUUGCGCUGAUCAAUGAGAUAAUUGCCUUCAUUAUGAAGUACACCGAUGUCAUCAUCGACAUAGAGAACUCGCCAGACAGCCUCGAGGAUAAGAUCAAUAAAUAUGAUGAUGUUAUUGUCAAGAUACAGGAAUGCGAGGGCCUUUUGGCCUCGGCCAACGAUAAGGGUCAGAAGAUUGCCUCUGAGGGCAAUGCUGCGGAUAAGAACAGCAUCACCGAGCAGCUGCAAUCCUUGAAGAAUCAGCUGCAGAAUCUACGCAAGGCCGUGGAAUCGCAGCGCCAGAAGCAUCAGCUACAGCUCGAAUCCCACAAGAAAAUGGCCGCCGAUCUGAGCGAAAUACUCGACUGGCUGCACAACAAUGAAGGCAUUGCCAAGUCCCGGCCCCUGCUCGAUCGCGAUCCCGAGUCCGUGGAACGCGAACUCCAGAAGCAUCACACCCUAAGCAAGGACAUCGAUGCCCAACUGCAAAAGUUCAAUCGAAUUAACGAGAGCGUCAAAACGGAUGUGGGCAUGCCCAGCUCCCUGCUGGAAAUGCUCUCCGAGGGUCGUUCACUUGUCGCCUCGCUGCCCCAUGAGCUGGAAGAGCGCGAAAAGUAUUUGAAGAACAAUCGCGACUCGCGUCUGGAGUAUAUGCAGCUGGUGGCCAAGUUCAACGAUUGGGUGCACGAGGCUGAGCUGCGUUUGCAGAACAGCCAGCAUGGCAUUGACUACGAGCAUCUGAUGCACGAUCUGGACGAGCACAAGAUCUUCUUUGGCAACGAAGCGCCCAUACGCAAUCUGGUGCACAAGCAAAUCCAGGAGGCAUCCGACAAGAUUUGGUCCUCGCUCAACAGCUACGAACAGUCUGAGCUGUCCGCCGAGCUGACACAGUUCCAGAACAAGCUGGCCAACAUUUUGGCCAAUGCCAAGACCCAGCAAAGCGAACUGGAAAAGGAAGCGGAACGCUGGCGCGAAUAUCAACAGUCCAUCGAUCGCGUCAAGGCCACCAUUGAGCGCACCAAGUUCAACGAUGAGCCCGUCCAGAAUCUGGCUGGCCUGCACUUUAAUAUUCAGAAGUUGUCGCAUGCCAUUGGCAAUGUACAGAGCCAAAACAGUGACCUGUCGCUAGUGAAUCAGCAGGCGCAAUCGCUCAUACGCCAAGCGGACGCACGGAAUCGCCAACUGAUUGAGCAGGAUAACGCUGCCCUAAACCGUGACUGGCAGGACCUGGUGCAUAGCCUGGAGCAGAGGCGCGACAAGUUGCAACAGUUGGCCGAGCAUUGGGAUAGCUUUGAGAACGGCUUGCACGGCUGGGAGAAAGCAUUAGGUCGCUUGGAGGAUAAGUUCCGAAAUGUCGAUCCAACUGUAAGGUCGCGACGUCAUUUGGAAGAUACAAAGAAUGCCAUUCAGGAACUGCGUGAAGAAUCAAAUGAACUUAAAUCAUCACAUAAAGAAAUCGAGGCGCUCUCAAAAUCCAUCCUCACAUUCCUUGGGGAAGUACACAAACCCUCGGCGGAGGCCAUACAGGCCAAAGUGGAUAAGUUAGUCGAACAGCAAUCAAAAUUGAACGAUACGCUACGCGAUAAGGACCAACAGGUUAGCAAGGAUCUCGAGGAGAUCGAGCAAGUGUUCCGCCGCAUCUCACAGCUGCAGGACAAAUUGAACGCACUACACGAACAACUGCAGUCGGUACACGUCUACGACGAGCAUAUUGCCCAAACGGAACAGGUCCUCAUCACACUCAAUAGCCAGGUGCAGCAGGCCGGCGAGGAGAGUCGUGCGCUGGUUGCGCAAACCCAAGCGCUCUAUCAGACCAAACAGAAUCAGCUGCCCAGCGAUAUUGCCCAGGAGUUUACCGCACUUGAACUGUUAGCGGAACGCGUACAGGUGGCCAUGGAGACCAAAGAGAAGGAUUUCAAGCGCGCCAAGACCGUGCGCACCGACUAUUUGGCCGGUGUGGAUGAGAUCCAACGCUGGCUGCUGCAGGCCGAGGUCCAGGUGCAGGAGCGCACACUGGAGCCGACACAAAUGAAGGAGCUGCUGCAGCGCAUCAAUCAGGAAAUUGGCGCCAUCUAUGAACGAUUCACGCUGGUCAAGACCAACGGUCAGCUGAUCAUUGAGAACUGUCGCAACAGCGAGGAGAAGACGCUGGUGCAAUCGACCAUUGAUCAGCUGGCCGCGCAGCUAGCCCAAGUUCGUGGCUGGUUGGAUGAGAAGAAGCAGGCUGUUGGCGACAGCCUCGAUGCCUGGACACGAUUCAUGAAUCUGUAUCAGAUUGUCAUGUCCUGGGUGGCGGAUAAGCGCACGUUCAUUGAUCAAACCAUCGAGCUGCGCACCCUGCCCGAGGCGCGAACCAAACUGAACGACUAUGCGGCGGCUGUGAAGAGUAUUAAACCGAUUGUGAAGCAUUUGAGCGAAAUGGAUAAGGAACUGGAACACAUUGGUCAGGUGACGACCGUGGGCGAUCUCAAGGAUAAGCUGCAGCAGGCCGAGGAUGCGAAGAUAGCCGUGGAAGCAGUGCUGCUGGAGAGGAACUCACUGCUGCAGGAGGCCUGCGAGGAGUGGGAUCAAUGCGAGCGCAAGAUCAAGGACAUACGCGCCUGGCAUGAGAAAACCAAACAAACAUUGGACUCCUCGCCGCAGCAAAAGAAGCCGCUGCGCGAUCAAUUGGGCUACUGUGAAAAGACUCUGGCCGACAUAAAUGUGCAAAAAACCAAACUGAGAUUGUCUAUUGAAAAACUGGAGGUACAUUUCCGCAACGGCAUGGGCGGUGAUCCGCGCCUGAGCGAGAAUGUUGAUGAUUUGGUGCGCGUGCUCGAUGGUCUGGGCGAACUGGUCAAAGCCAAAUCUCAGAGUCUCGAGCAGACGCUAGCCCAAAUCGAUGUCUAUCAACAGCAAAUGCAAACGCUGCGCCAGCGUAUUAUACAGGAGGAGCAGCAGCUGCGUCUGGUCAUGGCGCCCACGUACUUGCCGCACGAUCGUGAGCGCGCAUUAGCCGAGCAACAGGCAAUGCGACAAUCAAUCGAUGGCAUGCAGCAAAACUACGACGCAACCGCCGCCCAAUCCUAUGCUCUGGAUCCACAUUCAGUGGUAACCACUUCAUCGACUGUCUCGUUGCUUAUGAAGCCAACGGCAGUAGGUCUAACCUAUGCUGAAGUGUUAUCAGGACAUGCGAGUCCGGUAAGCGGUAAUGAAACGGCGACGAACCCCAGACACGAAAAGCAAGAAAAACCCGACACGACCACGACCCUGACAACGACAACGACAAGGCAACAACAACAACAGCAACAACAAGAUAAACAACAACAACCACAACCACCACAAACGAACUCAAACCAGCAGCAAACGCAAAUUACAACUACGAUAACAACAACAUCUACAUUGACAACCAGCGUACGCACGCACGAGGAUGAGCAAACGCAAGAGGAGCCACUGACCACCGUGCUUUAUCAGCGGAAUCAACGUGUUUCACCACCCAGCAGCACCAAUGCCACCUCAGACUAUGAGGAUGCAUCAUUGACGCCGGCUGUCGGUGCCACCCAAUUGAAAAUUGAAACAACCAGCAGCACCACAACAGUGGAUCAACCAGUUGCUAGCAUUGUCAGCAAUCCUAACAGUCAGUUUAUUGAAAUGGAGCGUAAUCAGCAGCAUUUGAAUACGGGUAAGAAAUUGCAGCCACCGCGUCCCGAACGCCGUGGACGUUCGCCCAGACGCAGACGCGAACCACAAACCACAAUACAGGUGGGUACAACGACACAACUGGAACAGCAAGCCCAACCACAACAACAGCAACAAUAUCAACAUCAACACCAACACCAACACCAACAUCUUUAUCUGCCACACGAGGAUCGCGCGCGUUCACGUAGCCCCAUGUGGGUGCCGGGUUCUACAUCUUAUGCGGAGGUUCUGCGUGGCAUGGAAUUGGAGCGUUUGCAGGCCGAAGAGCUGGCGCGGCAAGCGUCUCAGCCGCAUACGGAAAUAACCAUACAGGAUGUGGUAGAUGCUAGUGCUGCAGCGGCCAAUAUUUAUGUGCCACAAUCCGAACCGGAGCAGCAUCAACCGCAGCUCGAGCAGUUCAUUGGUGAGCCGAACACGGAGCUGAGCUAUGCUCAACUUGAUCAGAAGCAGCCGCAGCUUCCCAACUAUGAGGUGCCCAUGAGUGCGGAGGAGAUCACCGCCACCUACUUGCAGCCAGAUCCGCAGCUAUAUCAGACAAUGUAUGAGAAUGUGGCCGAUAGCGGACAAUGGGGCUAUGUUGCGGAGCCAAGCGGCGAGCCACAGCCCCAAAAUUAUUAUGAUCAGAUCAUGCAGAUGCAGUAUCCCAUACAAUAUCAGCCUGUGGCGGUGCCACCGACAACAACACAGUACCAGCUGCUGGCUUAUCAGCCAGUUGCACAAGCGGAGACUUACCCCACGGUAUACACAACGGAAUCCUCACAGAUCUAUUAUGCCCAACAGCCGCAAGAGUACACGCAGGAAUAUGCCCAAGAGCAGCAGCAGCAACAGCGGCAAACGGAAAUAAAUCAAUACGUGCCUGUCUAUCAACCGGAAAUUGUAGAUCAGGCUUAUCUGCUGGAGCCAUACCGCACGGAUGUAACUCCGACAACCACAUCAACAACAGGCAAUAGCGUACUCGAUCGUGUGGUAACUACUCUCGCAUCGAUGGUGCAACAAAGUGCGGAGCCUUUGACCACGUGCACCCAACAAAUACAGGCAACUAUUGUAACGCCACAUAAUACUCAGGAACAGGUGCCACCACCACAGGUGGUGUUCAUUGAGGAACAUGUACAAAUGCUGCGACCAGUGGAACCGCAAGAGUUUGAAAUGAAUGAGCCACGUCCCGACAUUACCUUUGGUCAGUUUGAUGUCGAUGCGAUUGAAACGAUACCUGUUGAGGUAUCUCAACCACAGCCUCAAAUACAACAGCAACAACAGCCACAUCAGACCGUAACCACAACAAGAUAUGUGGAGGAAACGAUUAUCUCGCAACCGAUUCAGCCAACUGUGAUAGCACAAACGAGUAAGGAUAUUGUCGCAGCUCCAGAUAGUUUCGUCGUCCGUCCCCAAGUGCAACAGCCCAAUCAAAAUGUGUAUCAGCAACAACAAGAUAACAGUACUGGCAGCACCUAUGCCGAAGUGCUCUUUGGCCAACAGCAUAGAUCACAUCCAGUUUUCCAGCCAUCCAGUCAACAGCAACAGAUACCAGUACGUGUAGCGACACCCAUGUCGCAAAUUCGCAAUGCUGAACAUGCACCAACAACCGCCACCACAAAGCAUACAACAAGCACUACGGUGAUUAAAAAUCAGCAUGGUAGGUGGACGGAAAAGUCCGAUGAAAACUCUGAGGGAAAGAUGCCGAAGCCAAAACGACAGCGUCAUGAACCACAACCUGAGCCAUUGCCCAUUAAGGUAAGCAGUAGGAAAGAUCACAAAACAGGUAGAAAACACAAAUCUCCAGAAACAAAUGGUGGAGCGCACAGUCAUGUGGAGAGUGUGCCUGUAUCAAAGGUAAUUUUCGUCGAGGAGAUGCACAAGCCGGAACCCAAAGCUAGAAAAUCUAAAAAGAGCAAGCAUCCAUCUGAACAUUCUUCGGAGACAACGAUUUCAAACAAACAGAUUGUUGAGCCGGUGAGGGUAUCUUCUCCAAUUAAGGAGGAAAGGCAAACUGCAAAUGUUGUGGAAACGACAACAACCACAAAGAAAACAGCCAACCCGGUGGUUGAAUCCGUCAAGCAAAAGGAGAAUCCCAUCGCAGUUGAACCCAAUGACCAAGCGUCUAAUAAGAAGGAUAAAAAGAAGUCGUCGACUGUAAUCGAGACGACAACUAUUACGACAAAAUCGGUGGAGCCAAUUGUGAAGGCCACUAAAGAGGCCACUAUUGAGCAGCCAAUUGUUGAUAUAGCUCCCAUUGUUACUGCUCCAUCAAGGAAGGACAAAAAGAAACCUAAAGCUCCUGUAGAAACUCCUAGUGUUUGGAAGAAAACAGUUGAUUUUAUUGGAUCAGUGAUCAAUCCAGCCGAACAUGUAGUAGAACCUACUGAUGAUUCCUCGCCAACUUUAUCGGUUCCAUCUAAAACUGAUGGAAGGAAGACAACAAUUAUUGUAGAAACUACGACUACUGAAACUUCCAAAAACGCAGUUGAGCCUAUCAAAGAAGUUAUUAAACAACCAGACAUUGAUAUUGAAGUGGCGCCCACUGCUGAUCCAACUCCCGCUGUGUCUACUCCAACUAAAAAGGGUAAAAAGAAGAUAACUAAUGUUGAAAGCACGAGCACUACGAUAUCCGAUAAAACAGUUGAGCCUGUUAAGGACGUCGUGAAACCGACAGAAGCAUCAUCGAUCGUUGAACCCACUUCGGAUCAAACUCCAAUUGCACCCACUCCAGCUGAAAAAUAUGAAAAGGCAACAACUAUUGUUGAAACUGAGAACACAACUUUUGAGACCUCCGAGAAAACAGUGGAGCCUAUCGAAGUAGUUAUUAAACCAACAGAAGCUGUACGUGCUGUGGAACCUACUCUUGAUCCAACUCCUGCUGUUUUCGCUCCAGCUAAAAAUGAUAAAAAGCAAUCUAAAAAUAUUGUGGAAACUACGAUUGUCGCAAAGAACACAGUGGAACCUCUUGUUGAAGUCACUAAGCAGACGGAGGCUUUACCCAUUGAAGAACCAGUUGUCGAAACUAUUACUAAGAUAGAGCCUGUUAUCGAAAUCGUGAAAGAAAGCGUUGUUGAAGAGAUUGUAAAACCAGCAUCUGAAACUGCUUCUAAAAUCAAAUCUCCAACAGAAAAAGAUGGAAAGCGUUCAAAGGUUACGGAGAAGCAAACAAUUACGGCGAAACCCGAAGUGAAGGCAGAAGAAUCAAAUGAAUUCGAUAUUGUUCAACAUGUUACCUUUACUGAACCUCUUGUUGCGGAGCCUGAGGAGACUGUUUAUAGAUCUGCUCAAGCAUUCGAGCCAACUACAGUAUCAAGGAUCGAAACGAAUGAAUCAAUACUAGAAAGCGAACCUGUAGUAACAACCUCUACCAACACGAUUUCCACAGAAAGCGGCACCACUACAAUUACUACCAGGACCAUAACAAAGCAUAUUACCAAGCGCAUAGUGAAGCGCAUUGUCGAUGGUAGAGAGGAAAUUGUCGAGGAAGAUGUAAUCGAUGAUUUGCCCGAAGAAAAUAUAUCCGUAGAGCAGUUCGACCUACCUUUAAUUGAAACAACAAGUACAGUGCCCGGCAGCAUAAUCGUUCCUGGAAUAUCUUCAGCUCAGGAUACAACUGUUGUUCAGGGCGGUUCCAUUACGAAAACUACAAUAACCAAGACGAAGCGUAUCCUCAAGCGCAUUACCGCCGAUGGAGAGGAAGUUGUCGAAGAAGUAUAUGAGGAUGAGCCCGAAGUGGAACGAGACAUAACAUUGCUUCCGACUACAGUGCUCACUUCUAGGAACUUUACCGAACUGAAUCAACCGGUUGGAUCUCAAGAAGCUAUCCUCGAUGCUGCACAUCACGCUGUUGAGGAAAUUGUAAGCCAAGCCGAGAAAGUAAUUAUUCCCGAGCCACAAAAGCCCCCGCGUAAGGACAAAAAGGAACCGGUUGUCGCGGUUGAACCCGAGGAGAAACCACAAAAGCCCAUCCGAAAGGAUAAGAAGAAGAAACAAAAGAAAUCCGAAAGCGAGGAAAUCAUAGAAAAACCUGCAAGUCCCAUUGUGCAAAACGUAGCCGAAAUUAUCGAGCCACAAGCACCACUAGAAACCACAGAGCCCCUGAAUACAACAAGUGCAAUUACAACCGAUGAGAAACAAACUCAGUCAUCCGAUGGAUCUGUUAUCAGCGAUGAUGGCAGUCUUAUCAAAACCACCGUCAUACGUACAACUAAAAUCGUGAAAAAGAUUAACCAACAAGAUAGUCAGGAAAUGUCCACGUCAACGUAUUCGGAUGUACCUUCGCUGGAUUCCUAUGAACUUGCCGAAGAAAUUGCAGAACAGCCCAAAGUAGAGAAGUCUGAAAUGAAUAGUCGUGAGGUUAGCGAUGAAGGUGUAGUUAAGACAACUAAAACCACGACCAUACGCACGACCAAGAAUGCUAAGGCUGAAGCUGAAAAAGAACCUGUCACCGAACCCGUUAGUGAUGUGGAGAUUUUACCCGAAACAAAAUCAACUGUAGAGGCUGUACAAGCUGAUGACGAUUCGGUACUAAAAACAACAAUUGUGCGUACAACGAAAAUAAUCAAGAAAAUUACGCAAGACUCGGACACUAUCAGUGAUAACAGUAUUACAUCAGAGCCAGCUUUGGAAACAGUUGAAACCAUUAUUCAGGAUGCACCAAUAGUAGCCGAAUCGGUUACUACCGAAUCAAAUAGUGAGGGCAUUACGAAAACUAUAACCACGCGCACUACGAAGGCCGUAAAUAAGACGACAGUUGAGAGUGCAAAUGAGCCUGCAGCUCCCGAACCCGAACAAUCUGCUGAGCUUCUACUCAUAACGCCGAAGCCUACGGAAGCGGUGAAUAGUAGCAGUAUAAAGUUAACAACGCUUGAUUUCAUAGCCUCUGAAAAGCAAACUGCAGAGCCUGCACCCGAGAAAAAGUCGCGUAAAUCAAAGAAGCACAAUAAGCAGAAGGAAGCUCCAGUAGCGGCUGUGCCCAACCUAACUGAAGAGAUUCAAGACCUUGCUCCAGUCCAAGAUGAACCUCAACAAGAUGUUAAAAUAACUGAGGCAGUAUCUGAGGUAGUAUCUGAACUUCUCGAUGACAAUGUUGGAAAUGAUGUGGUUAAAACAACAAUCACGAGAACGACCAAGAUUGUUAAAAAGGUGGCCCAAAAUGUUGAUAAGCAGAGCAUUGCUGAAAUUCAAGACAAUCAGAAGCCUGUUGAGCACACUCUGGUUGCUGCUGAACCAACUAAUGAGGAAGCUGGUGGUGUAACUAAAACAACAACCGUGCGUACGACGAAAAUUGUGAAGAAGAUGAUCGAUGAUGGCGAAACAACAACAGAGAGCAGCACGACAAGUGAGCCAAUCACUGUGCGCGAGUCCUCUCCAACAAUAUCAGAAAUACCCAGUGAAACUUCAACUACAUCUAGUCAGGUUGAUGGGGCUAUAAUCAAGACAACGACAAUUCGUACUAUGCGCAUAACAAAGCGCAUUACAAAUGACGGACGCAUAGUUCUGACCGAAAGUGACACACCUAGCGAUGUUAUUGUGACAUCUAGUAUUGAAAUGCCCGAUCAAAGAUCAACAAGCCCCAUUGUAUCUUCACGUACAAGGACGGAGACAGCUUCACCAGUUGUCACGACAAGCACCGAAACUAAAGUUGCUAAUGUUGGUGUCAAUAUUGAGUUGGGCAUUAAGGACACCGCAGGCAAAUCUGGUGUUAAGGUUCUAGAUAUUAAGACAACUGAACUACCGACUGUGAACACAGAAAAUACUGCGUCGAACGGGGUAACUGAAACAGACCGCAUUGCCACUACAACUACAACAACUACCAAAAAUACAAUCCUUACAACGACACAACGACGUAGCUUCGAAACGGAAGAUGGCACAAAUGUUCUUUUCGUUGGAGAAGGCAUUGACGGAGCCUAUCCACCAGGCACUGUUCAGAAAAUUUCUUUAAUUACUCAUGAAGAGAAGCUAAAGACUCCUAUUGUGAAAAUGCACCUAGAUUUUCCGGAGGUUAGUCUUCGCGUAACUGAGACUGUGACUGAAAACGUAGAGUCCUUGCAUAGAACAGCCGAAACUAGUGCCACUUCCAUUGUUGACUUUGCUGACUCCAAGCCAGAAAUAGUUGAAGCGGUUGAGGUUAGCAUUCCAGAUUCUUUGAAACAGGAACAGGAAGAACAAGUUGCUAUGGCAGAUACGAUAGAGCAGGUUGACAAGCCGAAGGCAGUAGAAAACAGCAGUGAACCCCCAUCUGACUUAAGUCCAGAAGAGCAAAAACUGUUCGAAGACAUUCAAAAGAAACUGUCAAAGAAAGAUAAGAAAAAGCGACCCGCGAUUCCCGAAGAGUUCAUUAAGCAAGAAACAAUUCAGGUUCUCGCUGAAGAAAGUAAAGGUAAUGACACAAUUACAAUUACUAAUGUAGAUAAACAAUCUUUAAUCCAAACACCUACAUCCAACGAUAAUCCAGCGCAAUUAGUGCAGAAUAUUUGUCAAGAUCUAUCAUUGAUUUCGAAAGCAAGUACCAUUGGGCACGCCAAGGCUGAAAUACUUUACCAUGAGAAAAUGCAAGAAACGCCUGAAAUUCCUCCUCAAAAUACUCAAGUAGAAACGCAAAUUGAUAUUCCAUGUGAAGCUCAGUUAUCCCCUGUCCCUACUAAUAUUGCUAAUCAAAUCGCUCCUGCCAAGCCAAGCGCAUUAACUGCUGAAGCAUUUGUGGUUAACACGGUAAGCACUUCAAAUAUCACUAAUAUACAAACUCUUACUCCAGCUGAUAAGAUUUAUGAAAUUCCCAAAUACAAUUUAUCUCAAUUUAAUAUUGCUGAGAGUCAAUAUCACAUAAUUAAUUCUAAACCCGUGAAUGUAGAAACUCCCUUAUCUGCGUCAUCCAAUCAAGAUCAACCGACUGUUGAGACUUUGCCGGUUGUUACUAAGGUUGAUUCUGUUAUUAGGGAAACUGAGGUGGGUACCUCUUCCGAAAAUCUAAAACAAUUACCCACUGAAAAAGUAUAUGAAAUUCCCAAAUAUAAUUUAUCUCAAUUUAACAUUGCUGAGAGUCAAUAUCACAUAAUCAAUUCGAAGCCUGCGAACGUAGAAACUCCCUUACCUGUACCUACGCCAUCCAAUGAAGAGAAACAGACUGUUGAGACUCAACCGGUUGUGAGUACGGAUGAAUCUGUGGGGGCUAUCUCUCCCGAAAAUCUGAAACCAAUUUCAACUGAAAAAGUAUAUGAAAUCCCCAAGUAUGAUAUUCGUUUAUAUAAUAAUGCUGAGGGUUAUUAUCACAUGUACAAAACGAAAUCCGAAGAGACAUCAUUGCUUACACCAAGUGAUAAGCCACUCUCAAAUAUUGAAGAACACAUACCGAUUAAAACUACGCGCACUGAAGAGAUUUUACCAAUUCAAAGUCCGCCAACAACAGCCAUUACCACAUCUUUGGAUAAUUCUAAUGAGUCUGCACCUCAAAAAGAAAAUAUUGAUGAUAUUUCUUCUGUCUACAACUUUGAAGUUCCAAAAUAUAACACCAUAGGCCAAAGCUACGCCGAAAAUCUAUACAGACAAAACCUAAACAAACAUGAAGAACUCCCAGAACAGACUGUUCCUGACACGUUUGAAGCAACAAUAGUAGAAUCAAGCGAAAUUCCAAUAGGACCGUCAACUGAUAACAACGAUGUUAACACAACUACCGUUCCCGAACGCGCUACUACAGGGACAGUCGUUGAGCCCGAAAAGGUUCUUGAAUCUUCGGUGUCAGACGACACUAAGACAACUGUUACAGUCACAACAACAACUACUCUGAAGGAAACUGUCAGUGAAUCUGUACUACCAGUAGAGCCGCAGGUUGUGGAACCGGAACAGAAACCCGAGGAGCCCAAGAGACCAGCAUAUGCUGGUCUGCCAGUAGAUGAGUCAAGCACUGCUUGGAUGGACGUCAUGGACGAACCAAUGACAUUCUCUGACGAGGAAGAAGAACCAACCAAGGAAGCCCCAGUUGAGACGGCACCUGCUCCUGAACCCAUUACAAUAACAACAACAGAAACAUUUAUUGAACCGGAAACAGUUCUUGAAUCUACGGUGUCAGACGACAUCAAGACAACUGUUACAGUCACAACAACAACUACUGUGAAGGAAACUGUCAACGAAUCUGUACUACCAGUAGAGCCAAAGGCUGUGGAGCCGGAACAGAAACUCGAGGAGCCCAAGAAACCAGCAUAUGCUGGGCUGCCCGUUGAUGAGUCAAGCAAUGCUUGGAUGGACGUCAUGGACGAGCCAAUGGCAUUCUCUGACGAGGAAGAAGAACCGACCAAGGAAGCCCCAGUUGAAAAGGCACCUGAACCUGUUACAUCAUCGACUACAGAGAUAGUCGUUGAGCCCGAAAAGGUUCUUGAAUCUUCGGCGUCAGAAGACAGCAAGACAACUGUUACAGUCACAACAACAACUACUAUCAAGGAAACUGUCAACGAAUCUGUACUACCAGAAGAGCCAAAGGCUAUGGAACCGGAGAAGAAACCCGAAGAGCCAAAGAAACCAGCAUAUGCUGGUCUGCCCGUCGAUGAGUCAAGCACUGCCUGGAUGGACGUCAUGGACGAGCCAAUGACUUUCUCAGACGAGGAAGAUGAUUCAACCAAUGAAUCCCCAGUUGAGACGGCACCUGCUCCUGAACCCAUUACAAUAACAACAACAGAAACAUUUAUUGAACCGGAAACAGUUCUUGAGUCUACAUUGUCAGAAGACAGCAAGACAACUGUUACAGUCACAACAACAACUACGGUGAAGGAAACUGUCAACGAAUCUGUACUACCAGUAGAGCCAAAGGCUGUGGAGCCGGAACAGAAACCCGAGGAGCCCAAGAAACCAGCAUAUGCUGGGCUGCCCGUUGAUGAGUCAAGCACUGCUUGGAUGGACGUCAUGGACGAGCCAAUGACAUUCUCUGACGAGGAAGAAGAACCGACCAAGGAAGCCCCAGUUGAAAAGGCACCUGAACCUGUUACAUCAUCGACUACAGAGAUAGUCGUUGAGCCCGAAAAGGUUCUUGAAUCUUCGGCGUCAGAAGACAGCAAGACAACUGUUACAGUCACAACAACAACUACUAUCAAGGAAACUGUCAACGAAUCUGUACUACCAGAAGAGCCAAAGGCUAUGGAACCAGAGAAGAAACCCGAAGAGCCAAAGAAACCAGCAUAUGCUGGUCUGCCCGUCGAUGAGUCAAGCACUGCCUGGAUGGACGUCAUGGACGAGCCAAUGACUUUCUCAGACGAGGAAGAUGAUUCAACCAAUGAAUCCCCAGUUGAGACGGCACCUGCUCCUGAACCCUUUACAAUAACAACAACAGAAACAUUUAUUGAACCGGAAACAGUUCUUGAGUCUACAUUGUCAGAAGACAGCAAGACAACUGUUACAGUCACAACAACAACUACUGUGAAGGAAACUGUCAACGAAUCUGUACUACCAGUAGAGCCAAAGGCUGUGGAAUCGGAACAGAAACUUGAGGAGCCCAAGAAACCAGCAUAUGCUGGCCUGCCCGUUGAUGAGUCAAGCACUGCCUGGAUGGACGUCAUGGACGAGCCAAUGACAUUCUCUGACGAGGAAGAAGAACCGACCAAGGAAGCCCCAGCUGAAAAGGCACCUGAACCUGUUACAUCAUCGACUACAGAGAUAGUCGUUGAGCCCGAAAAGGUUCUUGAAUCUUCGGCGUCAGAAGACAGCAAGACAACUGUUACAGUCACAACAACAACUACUGUGAAGGAAACUGUCAACGAAUCUGUACUACCAGUAGAGCCAAAGGCUGUGGAAUCGGAACAGAAACUUGAGGAGCCCAAGAAACCAGCAUAUGCUGGCCUGCCCGUUGAUGAGUCAAGCACUGCCUGGAUGGACGUCAUGGACGAGCCAAUGACAUUCUCUGACGAAGAAGAAGUCCCAGUAGAAAACGCGCCCGUUCCUGAACCCGUUACAACAUCAACUACAGAACUAUUUGUUGAGCCCGAAAAGGUUCUAGAAAUUUCGGUCCCGGAAAAUACAAAGACAACUGUUACAGUCACAACAACAACUACUGUAAAGGAAACAGUUAGUGAAGCACAAGAUAAACACAGUGAACCUGAAAGGAGUCCUGUCUAUUCCAGCUUGACACUUGAGGGGCCAAUUGAUACAUGGUCCAGUGUCUUGGAGGAAUCCGCCCCAAGCUCAGGGAGUAUUGUUUUCACAUCAACCUUAUCUGCCGAUGCUCCGGAGUUUACGCCUUCUUAUCUUAGGCAUGCAUAUGCCGAUCAAACACACACAUUCCUUGCCAAUGAGAGAGUUUAUAACGAAUUCAUUCCGCGAAGUAGAGCAGAGCAAUCGAUCCCAGUUACAAAGAAGCCGAAGAAAGUUAAACCAGCUAAGCGUCCAAAGAAACUGGCUGAAGAGGCUCAAGAAGACCCAAUUAUUCCUCCAGUUCCGCCAACAUUUGUCUUAGAUUCAGAUCAGACAGUUGAGCCAAGUGUAUGGGAAAAUAAUCGAGACGGAAAGUCCUACGCAGAUGUUCUGUUUAGCUCAGGCGAUAGUAGCGAGACACAAGCUUCUGAAAAGCCUGUAAUUGUGAAAGCACCAAAGCAAGACGUAGUUGAGUCCUUGCCAAAGAGUGAUAAGCCAAAGGAGCAUAAGAAGAAGCAAAAUCAAGAAAAACAGAAGCCUGCGGAAUAUAUCCAAGAAAGUUUGAGCACCGGCUCGUCAAAGCCUGCCACCACAAGCUCCAAGGAACCAUCAUCUGACGAGCAGGACGUUGUAAAAACAUCUGAAAUGAGCUGGUCUGCUUUAGUUCAAAGACCUGGUGAAUGGGUCGAUAACACACUAGUCCAAAAGAAAGCAUUGCAUCCAGAUACUAUACCAGAUGACAAGAAACCCAAAAAGGAAGAGAAACCAGAACGUAAAGCUACCAAAACAAAGAAAUCUAAAAAAUCAAAGAAACCGAUUCAAGAUCAAACUUCGACCACUUCUGAGGAUGAAAAGAAUGAACCUGAAUUAGCAGCGACUUUAACAAAGACAAUAAUAAAAGCGGAGACAAUGACAAAACCAGAGGAAAAUCUGGAACCCCAAUCUCAGGAGCCCGAAACCAGCGGCUUUUCAUGGGCUUCACUUGUAAAAAGACCAGGGGAGUGGGUUGAUACAACUGUGACCCAUAUUAAGACUGCAUUGACAACAACUUCAACGGAAAAAGUAGAGCCAGAUCGUCAUGAACAAGAAAAACCACGCAAGGGUCGGCAACAAAAGAAGGUAGAACGAAUCGAGCCUAAAAAGCAACAAGCGCCAGAGAAAGAGGAAAUCAUAUCUAAGUCAACUCUUAACAAAGAAGUUCCAAUCGAAAGUGAACCAGAAAAGCAAAAAAUUGUUGAAAAGCCGGCGGCAAGUACUACUGAUACGUUUUCUUGGGCAGCUUUGCUUAAAAAGCCAGGUGAUUUCGUAGAUGACAUUGCCUCCCGCAAAAAGCCAACUGCCAUUGCGAAAGAGGAAGCAAAACCAGAACCUAAGUCACGGAAAGAUCGUAAGGCUCCCAAGAAAGUAUUCGGGACCGAAACAGAUGAAAAGAAAACGACCGAGCCUAAGUCUAAAAAGGUGGAAAGUAAUCUUGUCUCCUCAACAUCUGAUGACAGUGAUGUCAUUGAGACGUCAUCAUCUCCAACUCAUGAAAGCGAGGUGACAACUUGGGCCAAGAUCGCCAGUCAAAUAGAUAAAAUGACUGAUUUGCCACCCAAGGAAAAGCAGGAGGUUAAACAAAAGCUAGCAAAGCCUGUAAGACACCAUGUGAAAGUAGAUCGUACUGAAAAGAAAAAGGCAUCAGCAAAGGAAACCACUCGUCGUCAAGAUCAACACACUGGGUCUUGGGCUUCAGUUGUAAGCCAGAAAACUAUUGAUUUUAUAGAAACGGAGAAGGUGAUUCCAAAGGCAGUUUCUGUUAAAAAGGCAGAAAUAUCUGUAAAGCCUGAGUUGGUUUCUGAAUUCCCAUCAGCCGGCAUCCUUGACAACCUCGAAGACAAAACACAUAAAUCGUGGGCUGAUAUGAUUGACGACGGUGCUGAUGAUUUUGUUGUCGAACACAAAUCUUGGAAAGAAUUAAUUGAAGAAGAAGUGGAAAUUCCUCUCCUUGCUGAAAAUGGAGAUGAAGCGAACAUUAAUAAAAUAAUCGACACCAUCCAAGAAAUAAAAUCUGAUAUCUCUCUAACCGAGGAGCCCACCCAAAAGCCUUCGGCUGUUUCUAAAAACCCUAGAGAAGCUGCAGCACUAAAAACACCAAGCGACAUCGACAUUCAGCGUUCUGAACCUGAAAAGGUUCUCGUCUCGUCUAUUCCUGAGGACACAUCAACAGCUGUAACAGUCACAACAACAACAACUACUGUGAAGGAGACUGUCUGCGAAUCUAUAGCACCAGUAGAGCCGCAGGUUGUGGAACCCGAGAAGUUCGACGAGCCCAAGAAACCAGCAUAUGCUGGCCUGCCCGUUGAUAAGUCAAGCACUGUCUGGAUUGACGUCAUGGACGAGCCAAUGACAUUCUCUGACGAGGCAGAAAGACCAAACAAGGAAGUCCCAGUUGAAAAGGCACCUGAACCUGUUACAACAUCGAUUACAGAGACAGUUGUUAAGCCCGAAAAGGUUGAAUCUGCGGUGUCAGAAGACACCAAGACAACUGUUACAGUCACAACAACAACUACUGUGAAAGAAACUGUAAGCGAAUCUGUAGUACCAGUAGAGGCAAAAUCUAUAGAACCAGAGAAGAAACGCGAGGAGCCCAAGAAACCAGCAUAUGCUGGGCUGCCAGUAGAUGAGUCAAGCACUGCCUGGAUGGACGUCAUGGACGAGCCAAUGACAUUCUCUGACGAGGAAGAAGAACCAACCAAGGAAGCCCCAGUUGAAAAGGCACCUAUUCCUGAACCUGUUCCAACAUCAACUACAGAGACAGUCGUUGAGCCUGAAAAGGUUGAAUCUGCGGUGUCAGAAGAUACCAAGACAACUGUUACAGUCACAACAACAACUACUGUCAAGGAAACUGUCACUGAAUCUGUACCACCGGUGGAGCCAAAGGCUGUGGAACCCGAGAAGAAACCCGAGGAGCCAAAGAAACCAGCAUAUGCUGGGCUGCCAGUAGAUGAGUCAAGCACUGCCUGGAUGGACGUCAUGGACGAGCCAAUGACAUUCUCUGACGAGGAAGAAGAACCAACCAAGGAAGCCCCAGUUGAAAAGGCACCUAUUCCUGAACCUGUUACAACAUCAACUACAGAGACAGUCGUUGAGCCUGAAAAGGUUGAAUCUGCGGUGUCAGAAGACACCAAGACAACUGUUACAGUCACAACAACAACUACUGUCAAGGAAACUGUCACUGAAUCUGUACCACCGGUGGAGCCAAAGGCUGUGGAACCCGAGAAGAAACCCGAGGAGCCAAAGAAACCAGCAUAUGCUGGGCUGCCAGUAGAUGAGUCAAGCACUGCCUGGAUGGACGUCAUGGACGAGCCAAUGACAUUCUCUGACGAGGAAGAAGAACCAACCAAGGAAGCCCCAGUUGAAAAGGCACCUAUUCCUGAACCUGUUCCAACAUCAACUACAGAGACAGUCGUUGAGCCUGAAAAGGUUGAAUCUGCGUUGUCAGAAGACACCAAGACAACUGUUACAGUCACAACAACAACUACUGUCAAGGAAACUGUCACUGAAUCUGUACCACCGGUGGAGCCAAAGGCUGUGGAACCCGAGAAGAAACCCGAGGAGCCAAAGAAACCAGCAUAUGCUGGGCUGCCAGUAGAUGAGUCAAGCACUGCCUGGAUGGACGUCAUGGACGAGCCAAUGACUUUCUCUGAUGAGGAAGAAGAACCAAACAAGGAAGCCCCAGUUGAGAAGGCCCCUGUUCCUGAGCCCAUUGCAGUAACACCUACAGAAACAUUCACUGAGCCCGAAAAGGUUCUUGAGUCUUCGGUGUCAAACGAUACCAAGGCAACUGUCGCAGUCACAACAACUACUGUGAAGGAAACUGUCAGCGAAUCUGUUCUACCACUUGAGCCUAAGGCUGUGGAACCCGAGAGGAAACCUGAGGAGCCCAAGAAACCAGCAUAUGCUGGCCUACCAGUAGAUGAGUCAAGCACUGCGUGGAUGGACGUCAUGGACGAGCCAAUGACAUUCUCUGACGAGGAAGAAGAACCAACCAAGGAAGCCCCAGUUGAAAAGGCACCUAUUCCUGAACUUGUUACAACAUCAACUACAGAGACAGUCGUUGAGCCUGAAAAGGUUGAAUCUGCGGUGUCAGAAGACACCAAGACAACUGUUACAGUCACAACAACAACUACUGUCAAGGAAACUGUCACUGAAUCUGUACCACCGGUGGAGCCAAAGGCUGUGGAACCCGAGAAGAAACCCGAGGAGCCCAAGAAACCAGCAUAUGCUGGCCUGCCAGUAGAUGAGUCAAGCACUGCUUGGAUGGACGUCAUGGACGAGCCAAUGACUUUCUCUGACGAAGAAGAAGAACCAAGCAAGGAAGCCCCUGAACAUUUUACAAUAUCAACUACAGAAACAUUGAUUGAGCCCGAAAAGGUUCUUGAAUCUUCGGUGUCACACGACAGCAAGACAACUGUUACAGUCACAACAACAACUACUGUCAAAGAAACCGUCAGCGAAUCUGUUCUACCAGUUGAGCCAAAGGCUGUUGAACCGGAGAAGAAACCCGAGGAGCUCAAGAAACCAGCAUGCGCUGGACUGCCCGUAGAAUCAGAGCCCGGUGCAUCACAAGUUGAACCUGAAAAGUUUGUAGAAUCGCCUGUUACAGAGAGGGUCGGUGAAAUCCAGCGUCAAGAAAUUUUGGGGGCCAUUGGGGGGCCAUCAGCCAUCAGCGUUUGGGAUCAAAAUUCAUCAUAUGCAAAUGUACUCAAGCACACAAUUAAUUUCAUAGAUGGUGAAAAGAAAAACGUUGAAAAAAUCACGGAUAAUAGUACCCCAACCACAGCACCUGUUCCAAUUUCUGAAGUGGUUGAACAAGUUGCUAAAAAACCUAAAGCAAAGAAAGACAAAAAUAAGAACAAGGCAGUUGUUGAAAACGUAACGAAACCCGAAAGUGAGGUGAUUGUAAAUGUUUCUCAUUCAACCAUAAAGCUAAAAACAGAAGAGCAAAAGGAGGAAACGAAGCCGCAAAAAUGGUCAGAAAUUAUUGACGAUGAGGUUAACAUAAUUCCUGAUCAUCCACAACCGGGAAGUCUUGCCUCUUGGUCCUCUAUAGUUCGCCAAGGAGUCGAAGAGCCUUUCACCAAAAUUACCAAAAAGGGCCCCGAACCUGUUAAGGCUAUAGAGUUAUCAUCAACUGAAGGCUUAGCAGAAUUGCCUCCAGCUGACAAUGCAGAGGAUGUUAUUUCUCAAGAACACGUGUCGCCCACAGUAAACGAUAAAAAUAAAAAACAAAAGGCAAAGAAGACGAAGAAAUCAUCAGCAAAAACUGUUGUAUUGGACCCUGUCACUCAUGUAGAUACUUCAGAGGCUCAAGCGACUCCUGAGGAAGAUAUUUCAUCACAGACUCAAUUGUGGUCAUCAAUUGUAACACAAACUGUAACUGAAUGUGAAACUGUCUCCUCAACCUCAACUUUCAACCCUGAACAGAAUACGCUCUCCGAUCUUAAUGACAAGCCCAGAAAACACAGUUCCAAAAAGGAAAAGAAACCUUCCAAGCCCGAAAAUAUUCCAAAAUCGCCAGUUGAAAAAGUUCAUAAUCUGCCAGAGGUAGAAAAAUUGGAGCACACUGAUAAUGUUGAAGUUUCACCACCCCAACUGCAGUCAUGGUCCUCAAUUGUUUCUCAGACUGUGGAAGUUUCUCCCGAAAUAAUCGAAAGUCCUACAGACUUAGUAACGGAUGUUGUUCCCUCCACUGAUCAUAUACAGGAGUUUAUUCACAAAGAACAGAGUUUCUCAACCAUUGUUAAUGACAAAACCAAGAAACAAAAAUCAAAGAAGGACAAGAAACGUCCGCAGAUCGAACCUAAACCAGAACCAGCUGUGGAAAGGACUGAUGUUGUUGAGGCAAAACAAGAAGUAAUCAAGCCAAAGUCAGCCGAUAGCCUAGAAGACAAUCAAUCGUCAGCUCCAUCGUGGUCAACAAAUAUUUCGCCAUUAAUACCAGAAUCUGAUAUUAGUGAAAUAAUAAACGUUGGUACAGCUCCAUCCGCGCAAGAAAUCAAGGACUUCAUUCAUAUGGAGCAAAACUUCUCCACCUCUGUGAAUGGCAAUCGUAACAAACAAAAGCCCAAGGAGGAGGAGUCGCUUGCAAAGGAACAUGUUGCUAAACCAGCUCCUGCCAAAGAACUGGAAAAACAGAGUCAACCAGAACCAGUCGAAACUAUAGUACAGAUUCCAUCACGAACUCAGUCUUGGUCUUCAAUUGUGUCCCAGACAACAGUUACAGAAACACAUCAUACAGGAACGAAGCCCGAACAGGUUCCUUCAGCUCCUGAAGUGAAAGACGUCGUCCAGAAAGUGGAGGAUAUUCCAGCUCCUGUUAAGGAGAAAUCUAAGAAACAAAAGUCAAAGAAGGAGAAGAAGUUGCCGCAGGUCAAAGAUCAUCAUGCAUCAAAUGAAGAAAUAUCAGUUGUUGUUGAGGAAACUAAAGAUGUAGUCGAACCAAAAUCAGCAGAGUGUGUUGAAGCUCCAACUCAGUCUUGGUCAUCAAUAGUUUCGCAAACGAUCGAGGUUCCUGUAACAAUUACUGAAACUGUGCGAACUGAAAUAAUUGCUGAACCAGCUCCUUCCACACAUGACAAAAUACAGGAUUUCAUUCACAAGGAACAGAACUUCUCAACUGUUGUGAACGACAAACCUAAAAAGCAAAAGUCGAAAAAGGAAAAGAAAUCCCGUCAGACAGAAAAGGAGGUUGAACCAAUUGUUGUAGAAACUGGCUUUGUCCCAGAAUUGGAGAAACAGAAGGAGCCGGAAACAACUGAAGUUAUUGUAGAUACGCCAUCCCAAUCUCAGUCGUGGUCAUCAAUUGUUUCACAAACAAUAACAACUACAACUCAUCAUACCGAUAUUAAACCUGAAACAAUUUCCUCCAUUCAUGAUGUGCAAGACUCGAUUCCCAAAGAACAAAACAUCUUUACUUCUGAUAAUGUCAAACCAAAGAAGCAAAAGUCAAAGGAGGAAAAGAAAUUGCUGCGAGACGAAAAUCAACCAGAACCAAUUGUAGAGAAAGUAAUAGUUGUUGAAGAGCCACAAAAAGUCGAUGAGCCGAAAUCCGCAGAAAAUAUUGCAGAUACGGUUGAAGCUCCUCCAGCAAUUACUGAAACUGAUAUAAGUGAAAUAAACACGCAUUUGGUUCCUUCAACGUUUGACAUACAAGACUUCAUUCGUACAGAGCAGAGCUUCUCCACCCCUGUGAAUGACAUUCCCAAGAAACAAAAGUCCAAAAUGGAGAGGGCGCAUAAGACGGAACAUGUCGCUGAUUCUGUUAUUGUGGAAUCAACUCUUGUCAAGGAACUGGAAAAGCAGAGUCAACCAGAACCAGUCGAAACCAUAGCAGAGAUUCCAUCACAAACUCAGUCAUGGUCUUCAAUUGUAUCCCAGACAACGGUUACAGAAACGCAUCAUACAGGAUCGAAGCCCGAACAUAUUCCUUCAGCUCCUGAAGUGAAAGACGACGUCCUGAAAGUGGAGGAUAUUCCAGCUCCUGUUAAGGAGAAAUCUAAGAAACAAAAGUCAAAGAAGGAGAAGAAGUUGCCGCAGGUCGAAGAUCAGCAUCCAUCAAUUGAAGUAAAAUCAGUUUUUGUUGAGGAAACUAAAGAUGUAGUCGAACCAAAAUCAACAGAGCGUGUUGUAGAUAACGAAGCUCAAGCUAUAUCUUGGUCAUCAAUAGUUACACAAACGGCCGAGGUGCCUAUAACAAUUACUGAAACUGUGCGAACUGAAUUAAUUGCUGCACCAGUUCCUUCCACUCAUGAUAACAUACAGGAUUUCAUUCACAAAGAACAGAACUUCUCAACUGUUGUGAACGACAAACCUAAGAAACAAAAGUCGAAAAAGGAAAAGAAAUCAUCCCAGACAGAAAAGGAAGUUCAACCAAUUGUUGUAGAAACUGUCCUUGUCCCAGAGUUGGAAAAACAGAAAGAACCGGAAGCAAUCGAAGUUAUAGAAGAUACGCCAUCUCAGUCGUGGUCAUCAAUUGUUUCACAAACAACAACAACUACAACUCAUCCUUCUGAAAAUAAUCCAGCAGUUUCCUCUGCUCCUGACGUCCAAGAUUCGAUUCACAAGGACGAGAAUAUCCCAGCUCCAGUCAAUGAUAAGCCUAAGAAGCAAAAGUCAAAGAAGGAAAAGGAGUUCCCCCAAGUUGAUCACCACCAAGAAUAUAUUGUAGAAAAGACGGCGGUUGUUGCUGAGCCUAAAGAAAUAAUUUACACAAAAUCGGUAGAUAGUGUUGUGGACACAGAUUCUUUAACUCAAUCGUGGUCAUCAAUUGUUUCCAACGCGGCUGAGGAACCUCACACAUUUACUGAAACAGCUCAAAGUGAAAUAAUAUCUGAACCAGUUCCCUCUAGCCAUGACACUAUUAAGGAUUUCAUUCAAAAGGAACAGAAAUUCUCAACCGUUGUAAACGACGAGCCUCAAAAACAAAAGUCUAAAAAGGAAAAGAAGCCGCCACAGCCCCAACAUGAGGCUGUAGCAGCUGUUGUGGAAACUACGCUUGUCAAAGAACUGGAGAAACAGAAGGAACCGGAAAUAAUAGAAAGUACGGUAGAUACGCCAUCUCAACCUCAGUCCUGGUCAUCUAUUGUUUCACAAACAAUUACAACUACAACUCAUCAGACUGAAGUUUUGCCGGAAACAGUUGACUCCACUCCCGAAGUACAAGACUCCAUUCAUACAGAGGAGAACAUUUCAGUCCCCAAGAACGAUAAGCCCAAAAAGCAAAAGUCGAAAAAGGAAAAGAAGCCUUCCAAGGCUGUGUCCGUUUCAGAGAUGGUUCCCCACAUGCCUACAAAAACCGAAGCCCCUCAAAUUGAAGAAAAAACGGAAUCUUCUGUAGUAUUAGAAAAUGCUCCAAAUACCUUGUCAUGGUCGUCGAUCGUUUCACAAGCGGUUGAUAUUCUCCCAACAUCACAGGAGCUUAUUUCUCACGAACAACAGAAAUUACCAGCAGUGUUGGAAAGAUCACAAAAGGUGGUAAGACCAAAACCAGAACACCUUUCCAAAGCGGUUGUCGAUGAACUGACUAGUGUAAUAAAAGAGCCUGCUAUCGUUACUGAUGAAACACCAUCUCAAACUCAGUCGUGGUCAUCAAUGGUAUCGGAAUCAAUCGAUGUACCUUCGUCCCAUAUCAUACAGGAAUUUAUCCACAACGAGCAAAAGUUGACACCAAAUUCAGAUCACAAUACGAAGAAGCAAAAGCACAAAAAGGAAAAGAAGUCUAUCAAAGUGGAGAUUGAUCCCAAACCAAUUAUGGAAGAAACUACUGUUGUUCAUGAAGUAAGGCCCAAAGUAGAGCCAGAAUCUGCAUUGGUUCAGCAUCACGAUACGGUUGAAAUCACAACAUCUCCUGAUUUUAAUAUUCAAUUGCCAAAAACAAAGCCCUCUGUAUGGUCCCUAUCUGAGACCUAUGCUGAAGUCCUAAAAAAAACUGGAUACGAAAACAACACAAACAUUCGCUACCAGGAUUCUGAACCUAAACGUCAAAGUAGCAUUGAGAAGACUGAAAAUGAACAUCAAAAUAUAGCCGUCGAACGGCCACAAAGUUCGUCCAUUGUCUGCGUUGAUGAGUUCCCCGAUCCUGUUAUUCCUGCGUCUGUUGGUAGAUUCGAAGAUGAACCAGUUGAAUAUUCUGACAAGCCAUCAACAUUGUCAUGGAAGGAAAUCAUGGAUGAAGAAGUGGAUACGGAUAUACCGGCAUGGUCUGCUGUUGUUCCAAAAGAAACUAAUACCAAUACAGAACCAAUCGUUGAAAGGCAUUCUCGCACAAUCAGUCGACCGAUUAUACAAGUGACCGAAGUAAGUAAAACCGAAGAACAGGUCAAACCACAAGAUGAGCAAGGUUUCCUGGAGAUAACUUCAAAGAAACGAAUUCGUUCUCGAUCACGUUCACAACAGUCGCAAAGUUCCAAUGUGGGAGAAAAGCCACAAAAGAAAAAAUCUAAAAAACCAAAAGAAAACAAGCUAUCGAAGCCUUCACAAAUUUAUGCUGAUCCUGUUAGUGUAAUAGAACCGUCCAAAAAUAUAGUUAUUCCAACUUCUCCAAUGGAGGAAGAGCAUAGCCAAACUACUCCUGCUUCAAUACCGAUCACAUCGGGUAUGUCAUGGGCUGCAAUCGCUGCACAUAAUGUUCCAGAGCCAGCACAGCAAAUUCGUCUCCUUCAAAUUGAAUCUACAGAUAAAAUUGUGGACAGCGUGGAGAAGCAUCCAAGGAAAGAUAUCACAGUCAGUAUACCACUAACAUUAGAGACGGAACCAAAAACUAAGAAACCAAAACAGAAGCCGAAGAAGAAACCUGCAAGUGGUAUUGUUGAUUUUAUAAAUGCUGAAAAGGAAAGUACGCAAAAGUCGAAGGUACCAGAGCAGAGCAGACAAGACCGAUCUCCUCAGGAGCCUCUGAAACCCGAACCAGUGAUAGAAACUGUGGAAUCCAGUAAAAAGGUAGACAACGUUUUAAAACCUGUUGCACCAGUUGAUUUAGCGCAGCCCAUUGCUGAGCAAGCACCUUUGGCUCCAAUUACUAAAGAAUCCACUACAACAGUGACCUUAAUUGAGGAAAAGGCAACCUUAUUACCACCGGAUGUCGUGUCUGUUGAGCAAAACGAGCAAAUUCCUGUUAUUUCAGUUGAUAUAGUCCAGCCAAACUCCGAAAAAACGCUUUUGGCUCCAUUCGAAAUUAGUGAGGAAUCCAAAAACACAGUUACUUUAGUUGAGAAAACAAUUGAACUUAUUUCGGAACAACGUAAAACUCCUUCCGAAGAUUUGGAAACAGCUGUUGCUCCAAUUGAUACUGUUGAAAUAAUGGAGCAGACACCUUUAGCUCCAUUCAAAUCUGUUGAAGAGAUCACUACCACAGAAGCAAUAUUUGAAGACAAACCUUUGCCAACAGCAAUCGAAACUGUGUUGAAACAUGUAGACACUGUGGAGCCGGCAGAAACUCCAGUAGUUUCCGUCGAUAAAGUUGAACAAACUGUUGAACAUGCACCCUUGGCUCCAUUCAAUCCUACAGAAGAACCAAAUUCCAAUGACGCAUUUAUAUGCGAGACAUCCUACUGGUCUGCCACAUUAAAGCCUGGUCAUAAAGCAGUAACAACUACUGAUGAAGUCGUCGAACCCAUUCCAGACGAAAUUAAGGAGGAUGCUCCAAUUACAGUUGAAAUACCCAUAGAUAAUACCCUUGCGGAAGUCGCAGUACAAUCGCCAACUGAUCAGCCAACGACGUGGUCUGCUAUUGUUCAAACUGAAACAAAGGUAUUCCCGUCUCCAGCUAUCAAGGAAGAGGCUGCUGAUGUGCCUGCAUGGUCCACUGUGGUUGUUAGCAAAACAACUGACUUCCAAGAUCCUAAACAACAACAAGAUCUUGAGAAUCAGGAAACAACGACAACGACAAUAACCAAUAAUACAACCUACGUUACAACAACAGUAACAACACACAAAGACGUGAAUAUCACUGAGGAACAACCAACUUCGUACGUAUCAACCGUGGUGACAACUCAUUCAAAUGAACUGACAGUUGAGCCCGAAUCUACGGAAACAAGCGUUACGGCAGUAGAGCCAGCUGCUCCCAGCAGUUUGGAUAUUCUAAGGAAAAACCUACACCUUGACUCAAAUCUACAAUAUCCCAAAUACAACAUUGCGGAAACGCAGUAUCAACUAUUAAAGCAGAAUAAACCCAAGGAAAUUGAUGCUGUGGAGAUAACAGAGUUACCCAAGGAGGAAACAUUUAUAAAUGAUUAUGUGAUAAUUGAACCCGAAGCAAUGCCCGAAAUUAACUCGGAAAUUCUUGCUUACAAUUUGUACCUUGAUAGAGAAACGCUUUUGCGUCCCAUUCCCAAUGAUACCAUUAGUCAGUUGCAUUUAUUGAAAAUAGUACAGCCCGUUGAACCCAAAGUAGAAAGCAGAGUUGAGGAGGUGCCGCCUGUGGAAAAGCCACAAACUAAGGCUGAGGAAAUUGUUUCAGAGAAAACGCUGAUUCAACCUACAGUUGAUAUAGCAACUGGAGUUGAGGAAAUAGCAAUAGUCAAACCCAAACCUGAAAUAGAGAAAGUAAUACUCGUUGAUAGCUCGUUGGAAUCGAUUUCAACACCCUUAGCGCCCAUAUCCUUAGCCCGCAAACCAAGUGAGCUACUCUGGCACCUCAGUCAGGACAACUUCCCGAAGUAUAAGCAAACGGCUGAAGACGCUUACGGACUAUUUAAGACAAUUACCAGCGACUCGACCAAGACGGAUACGGAUACAGAGAAAACUCAGGAAACUCAGGACGAUAAGCAUAAGACUGACAUCAUUACUGAAACUGUAGUGAAAACGACCACGAUUACAGAAUCAAGCAAAUUGAUAACUGAUCACGUUGUAGAUAAGACUGAACCAGAAUCAUCGUCAAUUGUAAGCAUUCCUAAAGUUGAAGUGCCGGCAGCAGCGCCUGUCAGCAGUCUCGAUCAGUUGCGUCUAAAUCUGUACCUGGAUGACUGGCAAACGGGCAGCAUCGAUGCAGAUUUAUUCGAGAGCAGCAUCGACAGACUGAAACGUGCUGAUGUGCCGGACAUUGAUACAAAACUUGACAAAGACAAGAAACCCGACGAUGAUAUCAAGAAACCAGACAAAAAUGACGAUAACAACGAUGAUGAUGACGAUGACGAUGACGACGAUGACGAUGAUGAUGGAGAUAAACUGACUGUGCCUGAAAUUCGUAAGCCGCAUGACGACGACGAUAAACCUAACGACCGCGAUCCUGGUAGUGGUAGCAGUGGCAAUGCAACACCGACACCCGAACACGACGCAGCUCAAUACGAACCCAAUCAGAGCUGCUCCUCAGAGUAUAUGUCAACCGAUUUGCCAGGCGGCGUAGGUCAUUGGCGGGACCAAAGUACUUACUUGGCUUUAGAAGCUGAACCUCAGAUUAAACUAGAAUUGGCACCAACAACAGUAGAGUCUAAGGAUGUUCUAACCGAAACUAAAACCAUAGAGCUGGCACCCUCUGUGCCAUCUAAACCAGACACGUCCCCAACUACUACUACACCCGAAACAAGUCCCACCCCACCCAAUGCUACUACAAACGCAGCAAACGUUGCAAAUGCACUAAUCCAAUUGGCGAGCGCCACAACUCACACGCUGAACGCGGCUGCCAAUGCGGCGGCAACAGCAACAAAAACGACAACACUGGCAGCGACAAGCGCGAUUCUGCCAGUUGCAGCAGCUGUAAUUAAUAAGCUUACGGCCCAGACAACAACGCCGACAACAUCCGUGGAGACAACAGCAGCCGAGCCCGAGCAGCAGCCGGAACCGCAAGCGCUCACAGCAACUGCUGCUGUUGAGUCGCCUGCGGUUGCUGCCAGCACACCAGCAACAGUUGCCGAAAUGACAACGACAACAACAACAACAACAGAAAGCAGCGAGCCAGCCGCUGGGUCUGCUCCGAUAAUUGACAACACAAAUAUCGUAAAGCGCACUGUAGUUACAACUACAACGGUAACGACAACAACAACCAGUGAAACGUCAGCAGCAACACCUGGCAGCAGCAACACAACGACUACGACAACAACAACAACUAGCAACGAUUUGCAACAACAACGCCAGAAGGAUAUAAUCACACAAGAACUGGAAGAACUGCUACAAUCGCUAUCAACCGUCGAGGAUGGCAUUGGAAAUAUGAGCCACAGCAGCUUGGAGGGCAUGCUACAAGGAUUGAAGCUAAUCCAAAGCAAUCUAGAAGUACAUGAGAAGGAAGCGCUACAUCUUAAGGAUCAAGCAAAGGCAUUGCCCACAGAUCCUGGCACAGAGCGUUUGCUUAACGAGACCGCAGAUCGCAUCGAUCUGCUGCUGAGGCGCACACAGCAAGGCAUUACCAUGAUAGCCAACGCCAUGCAUGGACAGAAGAAGCGCGAGCAGGAGAUCGACGAAUACCAGCAGCAUUUGUUGGAACUGGAACGCUGGAUCAAUGAGGUUUCCGCCGAAUUGGCAUCGUUCGAGCCCACAACGGACAGCAGCACCGAUGAGCAGGUGCUCAAGACUCAGGUGGAGCGCAGUCAGCAAUUGCUGCGCACUCUGAAGGAACGGCAACAGUCCAUGGAUGAUUUGGUCGACCAAACACGAGAGCUUCAGACUCAUCCCGACGUCGCCCCAUUGGCCGAUACUCUGAUGGAGCAACUGCAAAGCAUUCUAAUCAUAUUACGUGAACAGAUCACCGUUGCGACCACGCGUAUCUUUACCAUUGAGAAACGCAUCGUGGAUCUGCGCAAGGCCAAGAGCGAAGAUGCUCAGCGUCAGCGCGUGCUGGCGGAUGCCCAAAUACAGGCACCAAUUGCUGCAACUGCAGCGCCUGAAUCCAUAGAGUCCAAUGAGAACACUCUAGACUCCAGCUCAAUGCCUGAGGAGGAGAUCAAGCCCGCGGGCGUUUAUGUGGAAACACAGACAUCGCUGAGCUUGCAACAACCUCAGCCGCAGAUCACCACGAGCAAUGUGGAGGCGCAGACUAGCUUCCAGGAACCGCAACCCGUGUUGGCCAUAGAAACCGCUGAGGUAGCAUUGCAAACACUCAAGGAACGUCAACCUACGGAAAACAUAAUGGUCACUCAAACCGUACAGCAUGGUCAGGAAACAAUACAAAUUGACACCCAGCUGAACGAAAAUGUACCGGAACAGACCGAGGAUGUGCAGAUCGAGGCGCGUUACCAUCAACAACCCAAGGGCGAUGUGGAUCGUGCCACUGAGCUGAUACUUAAGAAUGUGCCUCAGGCUUUCGAAACUACAUUUGUCGAACCAGACGAAACCACAACCGAGGUGGUUGUAGGCGCCGAUGGCACAAAGCAUAUUGUCUUGAAAAAGGUCACCCGGGUGCGUCAGCAAAUUGUGCAGCAGCAACAGAUUAGCUCAAUUGAGACAGUCAGUGAUGCCGAUGGCAAUAUCGAAGUGCAGUCAACAGGUCAGAUAAAUUUGGAGAAUGUGAAGACCACAGACACGAUUGCUGAUCCACAACAAAGCACUUACCGCACCGUUGUAACGCAGCAAACGCGUGGCACCCUGUUGGAUGGCUCCCAGCCAGAGACUGUGACGGUCAGUGAGUUCGAGACAGAGCCUGUGAUUGAGCAGUUUGAGCAGCUACUGAGCUCCGAUGCGGAUGGCAAAUUGCAGCCAUUCCGAGCGGCAGCUGGACAGUCUACGCUAGAUAACCAGGGUACCAGAAUACAAGCUGUAAUGCAGCAGGUGACCCGUAAGAUUAUACGUAAGACCCGAAAGAUUAUCAAACGUGUGGUCAUCAUUGAUGGCAAGGAGCAUGUGACUGAGGAAGUGGUUGAGGAGCCCGAGGAGAUUGAGGUGACUGAGGAGCAAACUAUGCCACAUAUCGAUGUCAAUAUUGUGCGCACGGUGAACGGAAAAGUGGUGAGCGAAGAGGAAUUCCAGCGUAUGAUGCAAGAGCCAGGCGUGGUCAUCGAAGAAGUUGCAACGGAUCUGUCAUCACAGACAGUAGAACCGCAGCAACAGGUAUUUGAUAUUGAGUCUAUCAACAUCUCCAACACCACCACCACAACCACACAACAAGAACAACCACUCGAUAAACAGACACCACCACCAACAACAACAACAACAACAACUGCAAUUACAACAGAAACGACAAAAGCAGCACCAGUAGAAUUGACAGCACCUCAAGUAGACAUUGAAGAAAUCGUAAACGUUGCCCCUAUCAGUCCCGUUAAUGUUGCAGCAGCGGCAGUAACUGUACCUUCAGCACCUGUACCUACCACCACAACAACAACAACAACAACAAUCACAGCUACAACAAUAGAGAGUCAGCCUGUGGUUGAAGAUAUCAAGGAAAUUUGGCCACUGGAACAUCAUUUGCAAACCACAAACAUCGAUUUCUCGGAGCAUGCCGAAGAUCUGGCACCGCCAGCUGCAAUCAACACAGAGACAUCAAUGCCCGUGGAAACCAUUUGGCCAACAAGUCCUGAAACUGGCAACUCUGUCUCCCUGGAAUCGUAUGCAUUUGAGCCAGCGUCUCCAACAGCUGUUAGCAUAAAAUCGGAGUCUGAGCAGACACCACAAAAGACUGAAACAACACCGGAGCAGCCGAAGACUGAUGUAGAAAGCUUCCUAGCAGCUGAACAGGCACAAGCUCAAGCCGAGCCAAAAGCUGAAACAGAAGCACCUGCCGAGCAAGCACAACCACAAACGGUAGCAACUGAAGAACCUGUCACGGAAGUGCCACCCAUCAACAUCGCCGAUAGACAGUCCGAUAUACCUCAAAAGGAUAUACGUGUGGCCACCCAGCUAUUCAUUUCUGAAGAGGCAGCCGCCUCAGCAUCACCACGCAAGACUUACCAGAUAACAGCACCCUCUGUGGAAGCAACUGGAGCUGGUGUACUCAAGGUGGCCAUGGGAGCGGCCUCAGAGCUUGCCGAAUCCAUUGGCAUGUCACCCGCUAAUGUGACCAUGAGUAUUGUGGAGACUGUGGCAGCGCCCCUGGAGCACGACGAAGACGCGUCCACGAAGCGAAGUCGAAAGAAAAAGAAAAGAAGAGAUGAGGAAAAACUGAAGAGUGAACAAGUACCAGAACCAGAACCGGAGUCAGUACAGGCAUCGCAUGUGCCGCCCUCACCCGAGAACUCGCCACGUAGUGAUACCAUCAAUCCGAAAUCGGCAGACAAAGUAUGCUACGAAUCGAUUGUGGAGAUUAGCGAAGAGAGCGACUUGUCGAGCAUGGAUAUGGGUCAAACCGUCAAGGUGGUUGAAGAUUCGAUUAUACCCUCACCCACAGAGCAAUCACGUACUCCAAUUACGGAACUUGUUAUACCCACGGAGGUUGUCGAGCUGGCAGCACUUGAAGAUGAAGAGCAGCAAACGAGUCCGCGUGCGCCCACGACAACAACUGCUGAGCAGGAUAUUAAAUCUUCGCAGACAUCACCACAGCACAAGCCCGAACUGGAUGAAACAGCGGUACAAACUAGCCUAGAUGUGCGUCCGGAUAACCAGGAGACCGAAUCGCAAACGAUCAUUGUGGAAAUUACUGAAACCGAAGCCCAGACAACACCACGCGGCGACGACCAACCUGAGCCGGUCAAGACACUUAGCACAGAAAUUCAAACCGACGAGAAUGGUCAGCCCCGGCAAACCGUCGAAAUUUCUAGCCAAACUAUUAUAACGACAACAACCGAAAAGGAGCUGCAAACCACACCCAAGGAAUCGCCGCGCCUAGCUGAAUCAAGUAGCGACCAUGUGGUUCAGCCACUUGUUAAGGAUUUGGUUAAAGAUAUGACCAUCGACUUGCCUGUGCCCACAAAGGAACAGUCUACCGUCACAGAGGUAACCACCACCAAGGAGACUCACAUGCAAACAGCAACGCCAGAGCCAACGGAAUUGAGCAGGCCAGAAGCCGUAGAUGUGAGCGAUGUGCUGGUGCAGACCACGCCGCGCGAGGAGCCACAGCCUAUUUCGCUGGAAGACAAUUCAUUGACCGCCACAUCUACUUCAGAGCCCUACGAGCUGGAGGUGAAAACCACAGUGGCCAUACCGGCCGAUUCCGAUGCAUCUACAGUGGAGCCCACGCUAUAUGAGUACACGCAAACCAUGCAGCUGCCCAAGCCAGAAAAGAAAAUCAAAAAGGACAAAAAGGACAAAAAGAAACAGAAGGGCAAGUCUGUGCCGGAGCCAACACCAGAGGCAGAUCCACAAAUCAGUGUGACCGUAGAAAUUGCACCCGAACUGCUGACUGAAUCCGGAAUAGUACUCUCUACCAAUCAGACAAUCGAAGAGGUGCCACAUCUACCGCCAGUACCCGACUUUGAGCCGACUGAAGCUGAUCCGCAAAGGCCACAGCGUGUGCAAUUGCAAAUCACAAAGACAACAGUCUACGAUGAAUAUCCUGAUUUGCCGGUGCAUAUACUCGAACAGAACAAGGUAAGCAUUGCCUCGCAACAGCAAGGCAAGCCACGCAGUGGACCCACAUCUUCGGUGACCAUUGAGGAGGUUGCUUCGCCAACGGAGGAGCUGGUGGUCCCUAUUACACCAGGUCCAGAUAAUCUGAACGAAGAGAAUAUUUGGUUAACGACAACGACCAGCUCGACUGUGGACAGCACACCGAUGGAGUCCUCUGAAGCGCUCAUCAAGAGCGAGAUCUUGCAACUGUAUCCCGGUAAACAACAACAAUACGAACAGCAACCGAAGCUGACCUGGGCAGAGACCAAGGAGGCAAUUGGGAGUCGCAUAAGGCAACUGAAACAGGCGACGCCACAGCAGUCAACACCACUGAGUGAUGUCCUUCACCUGGCCACACUAUCCGAACAGAUUAAGCAGGUACCCACCGAACAGCGCAUGCUGGAGGUAUCCGAAGGAUUACAGAACUUGGAUGUGGCAAUAAGUAGUGGAGAUAAGACGAUUAUACACACCACAGUCAUAACAGUCAUUGAAAAGGUGUCCACCUGGCUGGAAACAAUUGAGUAUCGCGUGUAUCUCAUACGGCAAAACUCCAAUGAAGGUCCCUCAGAACAGAAGCUGGACAACUACAAUCAGCUGAACGAGGAACUCCACACAAUCAAAACGAAUGUCAAUCAGCUCGAGGCAGAGCUCGGCCAAACGGAUAAGCCAACACAGUCGGAGCUGUUGCAAUAUGUGGACACGCUCAAAGAGCACAUCGAUGCUGUGGAGCAGGUGACCCAACAUAGUCAGGCCCAGGAUAGCAAGGAUCUGGACAAGUGGCACAACUUUGAGCUGCUUUACAGAGAAGUUUCUACAUCGUUGGAGUUCCUGCAACAACGGUACGACCAGGCACUCAGCGGGGAGCAUCCGCUCUCCCAAAAGCUGGCACUUCUCGAUGAGCUGGACCGGCAGCAUACGGCGGGCCAGCAGCAGUUGGGUCAACUAAUGCAGACGGCCCGUUACUUCCAGCGCGAUUUCCCCAAUAAGAAAAUACCACAGGAGGUGUACAACGCCUUCGAGAAUAGCAAGAAUAUUGGCAACAACAUCGAGGCAGAGCGCGAUCGCCUACUCCAGCUGCAGUCACUGGCCGAGGAGUACGAGCAGACGCUCAAGGAGUUCACGAAUAUCACUGUGCUGGCCGACAAAAUGAUGGAGAGCCCCAUUGUGUCAAGUUCCCUGGAGCUGCUCAACAACGAGGUGCAAAAACAGCGGAAAUUCUUUGUCAAUUUGAGCCACUGUCGCGCCAUGCUCGAAUCACUCGAGGAGAACAUCGAUAGCGAGACGCGCGAGAAGCACUCGGAGCUGCACAAGCAGCUUUACCAGAAAGCCACCCAGCUGCUGGAGCGUGCUUCGGAGCGUUCCUCUAAGCUGGUGCAAGCCGCCUCACGCUGGACAGUGCUGGAGAAGGGCAUGCGCGAUGAGCUGCAGUGGUUGCAGGUGGCACAGCAACGCGUGCCAGAUCUGUCGGCGGUGACCUCUGCCGAUUACGAUCAGUAUGCGACGCUCUAUCAAUCCCUUAGCAAUGACAUCUCGCAUCAUUAUGUGAAGAUGACGCAGCUCUCGGGCAUUGCUAACAAAAUGCAGCUGCUGGUGCAGGCGCCCAAUUUGGUUGAGGAAUCGAAUGAUGCACUCAUUGUGCUGCUCAAGCUGCGCGAGGAGGUGGCGCUCUACUUGCAUCGCCUGCUGGUCUUCAAGGAGAUCUGGGUGCAAUACGAACAGCAGACAGAGAAAAUGGAAGCGUUUGUACGCGAAGCGGAGCAGGAGCUACGCCAAAUCCAAAUACCCACACAACCCACAGAGGAGCCCAUACCACAUAUGCGGCAAUUCUGGGAGAUUAAGGCGCGCUUCGAGCUGCAUAAUAACAUACGCAACGAUGCGGGUCACAGUCUAGAGAAAUCCCUCCAAGUCAUACCAUUGGCCGACGAAAUGCUCCAACGCCAGUUCCAUGCCCAACUCGAGGAUCGCUGGCAAGCGGUGGCCCAGGCCAUUGAGCUGAUACAGCACAACAUUGUUGAGUGCCUGUCCUCGGAGGAUAUGCCCGCUGAUGAGAAACUCAAGCUGGUGGAGCGUGAGCUUCAGGAAAUCUAUCUGACCAUGACCAGCAUGAAGGGCGUUAUCAAAAACGAGGAGGAGCUCUGCUUGUACAUUGAACGUGUCCAGGUGCUGCGCACACGCGUUGGCUUCAUUGGCAACGAACUGGGCCGCAUUGGACUCCAGGAGCCGGCAAUUGAACCAGAAAAAGUGGGCGAACUCUUUGCACUCUCGCACAAAAUAACCACACAAAUUUCCGAGGAGCUGGAGUUUGCCUCCGUGCUGCGAGAUCAGCUGCAGGCCAUACACGAGGGCAUCAGUAAUCAGCGCAAGCAUCAGGCCAAAAUCUCUGUUAUAUUGGACGAAUGCGAGUCCGCGGAGCGUCAAGGCGCGGAUAUCAUAGAGAAAGCCGUCGCCGACUGUCAGGGUGCGGGCGAGGAGCUCGUUGCCAGCUGGCAGGAGAUAAUGCGCUUACGCCAAAUGCUGCACACGUUGCCCAUGCGACUGAAGAUGUCCGUGUCGCCGGUGAAGCUGGAACGCGACAUUUCCCAGCUGCAGGAUGACCAUGCCUUCCUCGAGAGCAAGUGCACCAAUAUUAUGGCCAUACUACGUAAUCGUUUGGCCUUAUGGCUACGCUACGAACGUCAGCUGGAACUGGUGCAUGACUCUGUCCAGGAGACGGACUUUAUGAUGGAACUGAUACGCGUGCACGGCCAGGUCGACUAUGAGCGGCUGCGUAAGGCCACCGAGAGAUUAGAGGGACUUGCGGGCGAUCUGCACAGUCGCGAGCAGCUCUUGGACGAGCUUAAGGGCGCCGCCAAACCGUUAAUCGAGAGCUGCGAUGUGCAAAUUGUCGAACAAAUUGAAUCGUCCGUGCAGGAUGCGGUAGUCGCCUGGAAUGAUACCACCGAGAAUCUGCAACAGCUUUGCACACGCUACCAGCGGGCCGUCGAGCUCUGGGACAAAUAUCGAAACGCCUCGGCAGCGGUCAAGAGCUGCAUCGACCAGCAAAUGGACAGCGUCAAGUCCUUCGAGCAGCCCUUGGAUGCCAUGCAACAUGCCAAGGUCUGUCAAGACAAUCUGAGCACACAGAAUGAUCGUCUCCUGGAGCUGCGCGAUAUUGUGGCCAAGAUAGCCGCCGAUGUGGGUCUGGAUGCCUCUUCGCUAAUGCAGGGCGAACUGGAUGCGUUGGGCCAGCGUUUGGCCGAAUGCAAGGAUGCAAUAACGACGCUGGCGAAUGUGGCCGAGACACAGGAUAAGGAGCGCAAAGAGCUCGACAAGGAGGUGACACAGGCCAAGGUUUACUUCAACAAUGUGCAGCAGGAUAUUGCGCGCGGUGAGCCGAAAACGCCCAAGGAGAGCGAGGAGCAACUGGCCGCGCUGCGAGCCCAUCUGCAGACGCUGGCCCGCACCGAGGAGCAGCUGCGUCAGCUGCGCGAACGUCAGCAGAACAACAAUGAGCUGGCGCCGAGCGGCGCCGCCGCUGCCGCUGUUGCCGAUGACGGCAUACUGGAGGUGCUGGCGAUGUGGCAGAAGAUAUUCCAGGAUACGUUCCAGGAGUACCAUCGCUUGUCCACGCGCCUGGCGCGCACCCAAAACAGCUCGGAGGCGUUGCGUUUGUGGCGUCAGUAUUUGCAGCAUGUGCAAUCGUUCCUCGCCUGUGCCAUACCCGAGGAUUACAGCAGCCUGCGCGAGCAGCAGCAGCUGUGUGCCAUACACCAGAACCUGCUCAUCUCGCAGCAGAGCGUGCUCGCCGAGACGCCGCUCGAAUCGGAGCUAUCGGAGCAAUACAAGGCGCUGACCAAUCUGCACAACGAGACCCUCUCGCGCAUUAUGCAGCGCAAUGAGGAGCUGGAGCGCCGUGUCAGCGGCUGGAAUGCGUACCGGCAACAAUUGGCCGCUCUGCUCGACUGGCUGCGUCAGCGCGAGGCGGAACGCAAUGCGCUGCAGCUGCGCUACAUUCACCUGAAGCGCGUGCCUCACCUGAAGGCGCGCCUGGACGCAUUGCUGCUGCAGCUGACACGUGGCGAGCAGCAGAGCGCCGCUCUGAAGGCCCAACAGCAGGAGCUGCUCAAGUACUGCGACGAUGCGCUGGCCACCGCCAUGCGCAUGGAGCAGGCGAGCAUCAAUCAGCGUAUAAGCAAUUUGCGUGCCGCCCUCGAGACCUGGCAGAACUUCCUCAAGCGCAUCAAGCAGCUCGGCGAAUCGUACGAGCAGCGUGUGCAGCAAUUGCAGACAGAGUUUGCCAAGGCACAGGAGCUGCUCGACAGCAGCUCGGGUGAUGCACUGCCUACGACGCCAGCAGAGAUUGAGCAGCGUCUGGUUGCGCUGAGAGCGCAACGUGUCCAGCUGGGCGCGCAGACGCCCGCGCUGGAGGGCCUGACGGUCAGCCAGGAGGAGCUGAAGGAGUGCAUCAGUCCGCACGACAUGAAGGCCAUACGCCAGCGCAGUUUUCUGCUCUGGCAGCAGCAUGCCGAUCUUGAUUAUCAGCUGGCCGUGCUUAUCAAUGCCAUCGAGGAGCGUCUGUCGCUGCUCUCCAACUACCAGGUGCGCUACGAGCGCAUCACGCAGUGGCUGCGCACUCUCGAGGAGCGUGUGGAGCGCGAUGCCGAUGUGUCGGCCAUGGCCAACCCGGAACAGGCAGCCAAACAGCUGGAGCACCAAAUCAAUGGCGAACUCCAGCUACGAGACAAGGAGCGCGAAUGGCUGCUCUCCACCAGCCGGGAACUGCUGGCUCUCUAUGCGGAUGCCACGCCGCAGGCGCAGGAGGUGCGCAACCAGGUGCAGCAGCAGAGCGAUGCGCUCAUCGACCGCUGGAAUCGCCUCAAGUUCCUAUGCAAGCAGCGCGCCACAAAGAUUGGCGAACUGAAGCAAACGCUGUUGCGACUGGAGGAGCGCAUAGCACUCAUACGUGCCUGGCUCUUCGAUGUGGAGUCGCAGCUGGACAAGCCGAUCAGCUUCGAGAACUACACGCCCAACGUUAUCAAGGCCAAGCUGAGCGAGCACGAGCAGAUCCAGCGUUCCAUCGAGCAUCAUAGCAGCAAUGUGGGCGAGGUACUUAAUCUGGUCGAAAUGUUGCUCAGCGAUGCGGACAGCUGGCGCACACAGGUGAACACCACCGGGCUGGCCUCAUCGGCGCAAAACCUGGAGCAACGCUGGAAGAACGUGUGCAGCCAGUCGGCUGACCGUAAGGCUCGCAUUCUGGCCACAUGGAAUGCGCUCCAGGAGCUGAUCAAAAUGACCACAGAGCAAAAAUCUUGGAUGGCCAAACAGGAAACGCAACUCUCUGGCUUUGAGCGCGACCAGAAAUACGUGAACAAACAAAAGUUGGACGAGCGCCAGCAGGCCUUGCGCGCCAAGCUGGCCGAACUGGAAGCCGAAUCUGUCCGUCUGCGUCAGCUGGAACAGACGUAUGCCCGCCUAGCAAUGAGCCCUGGCGUCGAGCCCGAGAACAUACAGAAACUGACGAUGCCCACCAAGGUGAUGCUGAGCAAGUGGCGUCUGUUGACGCCGCGCUGCCACGCCCUGCUGGACGCCAUUGACAAGGAUGCCAAGCUGAUGCGCGACUUCAACACGGCCCAACUGGAGCUCAACAAAUCGCUGACAAGCAUACAGAAGGCGCUUGAGCAAGUGCCCAGUGCCGAGGAUCAGCAGGCGGCCACGGUGGAGGCGACGGUGGUGCUGCAACGCUUGGACGGACUGGAGCGCAAGCUUCAGCUGGCCGAGCAGCAGGUACAGCAGGCCGAUGCACUGGGCAAGGAGGCCGAGUUGCGCAAUAAACAGCAACCGCUGCAGCUGAAGCAGCUGCUCAAACUGAUUGCCGAGUACACGAGCCUCUGGCAGACGGUGCAAAAGAAUCUGGUGAUUCUCAAGACCAGCUGGCUGGCCCGUGCCACCAGAGAGGGCGCGGCAGCAGUCAGCGAGGCGCACGCCAGUGUCCAGGUGGACACGUUGUCGCAACGCAAGCUGCGUCAGGCGCAGCUGCAGCGGGAAACGUCCAUAACGGCCAAGGAUGCAUACAUCAUGGAGCUGAAGACGGCCAUUGUCGAGUGUCAGAACAAUCUGGAAGAGCUGCAGCGCACCAUUGUGGAUAAGACACGCAAGCCGGGUCCCCAAAAGAUUGCCAAGCUAUUGAGCAACGCCCAGUCAUCCACGGAGCUGGUCAAGCAUCUCAGCCAUUUGCUGUUGACCGAAUGUCAUGCGGACAAUCAAUCGGCCCAGGUGGACACCGUGUCAGAGCUGGCGCUGCGCUUCGAUACGCUGCAGUCGCAGUGGAAGGCGCGCCAACAGCACGAUCAGAAUGCAAGCAGGUGCCUGCUACCUGCUGCCUACAAAUACACAUGCAUACAUGAGGUCGGCCGCCUAACGUGUCCGCUCUGCACGCAACGCAAUUGGCAGCAGAUCGAUAACGAUCUGUGGCGUCUGGAGCAGUGGCUGCAGUUUGCCGAGAGUAUACAGAAGGCCCAGACGGGGCCGCCCUCAAAUAUUGAACUGCUCGAGGAUGUGACACAGGAUCAUCGUGAGUUCUUGUUGGAUCUGGAGAGUCACAAGUCGAUCAUCUCAUCGUUGAAUGUGGUUGGCGAUCAUCUGGCCACACACACCAUGGACACGGAGAAGGCGCGACAGUUGCGCGCACGUCUCGAGGCGGACAACGAGCGCUGGAAUAAUGUUUGCAUCAAUGCCACCAAAUGGCAGGGUCUGCUCCAGACGGCGCUCAUGGGCAACAGCGAGUUCCAUCAGACAAUCGACGAGCUGGUCGAGUGGCUGCAGCGCACCGAGCAGAACAUCAAGGCCUCUGAGCCCGUGGAUCUCACCGAGGAGCGCAGCGUGCUAGAGGCCAAGUUCCACAAGUUCAAGGAUUUGCGCGCCGAACUGGAGCGCUGCGAGCCGCGCGUUGUCAGCCUGCAGGAUGCCGCCGAUCAGCUGCUGCGCGCUGUCGAGGGAUCCGAGGAGCAGUCACAGCAUACCUAUGAAAGAACCCUUUCCAGGUUAACAGAUCUGCGCCUCCGGCUGCAAUCGCUGCGUCGUCUCUCCGGCAUUUACAUCGUCAAGCUGGGCGCCGUGCUCGGCUACGAGGGCGACAAUCUGGGCGUGCCGCUGCAAAUGUUGUCGAAUGAGCUUUUGGAUAAUACUACAUUAUCAACCUCUUCUAUGCAGGCCGCCGCACCCAACACAGAAAAUGCAAACCGCACCAACACCGAUGGCGAUGCUGCCGAUGGCGAUGUCAUCAAUACCACGGUACUGGCCCGCGGUGCACGAUUCCUCGGGCGCGUUGCACGUGCCUCCCUGCCCAUACAGGCGCUCAUGCUGCUGCUUUUAGGUGUGGCAACACUGGUGCCCCACGGUGAGGACUACACGUGCAUGUUCUCCAACACAUUCGCCCGCAGCCUGGAGCCAAUGCUAUCCUAUCCGCACGGCCCGCCGCCAACGUAAUUGUUGUCAUUGGAUUAGUGCAAUAAAUUCACAGUAAAAACCAAUUAAAGCAAACAACCAAAUGUAACCACAGAACAGAAUCCGACACGAAUAUAAUAUGCCUUUCAAAUUAAAAACAACAAAUGAAAAGAGACAACCCAAUGAAUGAAAGAAACCCACAGUAUACAAAAUUGAAAAAUUCUUGUACAAGAUUUAAGAUGUUACCUAGCGUCAAGUCGAGUGUGUUAUGUCCUGUAAAUUUUUGUAAUUUUCCACAAUUUGAAUGAAAAAAAAAAAACCGUGUAUUUUGUUUUUGAUAUCUACAGACAAACAUACCGAAAUAAAUAUGUACAUAAUAUAUAAUGAAUAACCAAAUCCAACAACUCGACGAGCAUAUACCUAUAAAGAAACACUUGAUUAAAAACAACAAAAAAAAAA